AUGGAUUUAUGGAUAAAGUUGAUGUUGUUGUACAGCUGCUGCUAUGGAGCAAGUGCAGACUUUGAUGGGAGGUAAGAGUACAUGCUUGAUUUCACGGAUAGAUUUCGAUAGCGCUGACUUUGAUUAAGAGCCAGCUGCUAGAAUUUGAACAUUUCACUCCAAAAACACUCACAGUGGGUUUGUGCGGCUUUGCUCUGACUGGAGGGGCUUCAAACUUGAGCAUUAUUUAACCACCUUAAUCUACAGUGCUCGACUUUGAUGUGAAUGAAAACAUGUUGCUCCUUUGAAUCUGUCUGCGCUCUUGGGAGUACCCAGAGCCUUUGUGUAAUCCUUUUCAGUCUCCUUAACUUAUUUGUUGAAAACAGCCGUAUCCCAAGUGUAAAAAUGAACCUGGUAAAUCCUCAGAUAUCCUGCUGGGAGUGUUGACACGUGCAAACAAAGAAGGAAAAGACAGAAAGAAACCCUCACACCGAGUGGUGCUUGUCUCAUGCAGAUAUCAGGCUGAUUAUAAAGUGAUGUGACAGCAAAUCGCCUGGUGCUUCAUGUUCAAACAAGACUCAGAUGAAAUAUGUGCAGACAGAGGUGUGGAGACGUGCCAGACCCUGAAGAAUGCGAGUGUCCGAGAUUUGAAUCAGCUUAUAGGUGCAUGUGAUGAAUAUGAUGGAUGGUGCCAGCUCUUUUCUUUAUACAUGAUAAUAUCUAGAUGUAAUUUAGGUGUCAAUCAGGCACAUUCCACUCUUAAGAUUGAAAAGAUUUCUAUUAGAAAAGAAGGUAUGUUGUUCUGCUCAUUAUCAAGAUGCUCUGUAUGUAGUUUAAGGAGACCUAUCCUAUCUCUAAGUAAACAGUUAGGAUAGAUUUUGCGAGGGUUCAUAAUAUAAUUGGUGAGGAGUGCUUCCAAAUGUUGAGAGGUUCACAAACAGAAGAUGCAGCCAAGCAAUGGACUCUAUUUCCCCUCAUGCAUCUCUGUCAGACAGGCUGCUGAGCCCCAGAGCAGCAUCCUCCCUCAUGUUUCACUUGGUUGUAUGAAAAGAUUAUUAAAGUAAUUAUAAUUGGAGAAAGUGCACUUGUGUUGCAGAGAAAAAAAAAAGCCCCUUCAACCUGACUGCACCUGCUCACUGAUAGAUUUUGACACAUGGAGGUAUAUUUCCUUUUUUUCUCUCCCUCCCUCCCCUUGAGCUCUCUCAGUUCAGCUUUCCACUGUGUUCAAAAGUAUUUCAAAAGAGGCCGAUUUGGAUAUCAGUGGUUUAGGAGUGGAGUCAAAGUGUGUCUGUGCAGUAGAGAGCGAAUGAAAGGGAGCAGAAGUGUAACAGAAAACGGUAUUGUUACAAGGACACACUAUGUGAUUGCUAUUGAGGACAUUUUUUCUCUUAAUCACCAUGGAGAAGUGUCUGUGUGACAGGCCUGGUCUGAUAGGAUGUGUAGGGCUUACACUUUUAUUUCACGCAUUGCCUCUGUGUAAUAAUCAUUUACUCUAACCUAGCAGCAGCAUAUUGUACAUUAUUAACAACCCUGCUGAUGGAGUAGCUUGUCACCAUGACCAUAAUUUGCCAAUUUUUAUGGGCAUAAACUUGCCCCAGCCUGAGUCUGCGCUUCAGUUUUAAUUCAUUGAGAGAAUAUCCCUCGAGACCAAGCCUGGGCAAAAAAAAAAAUGCCAUUUAUUACCUGCUCUCCCUCACUUAUUGCCUUUUAGAGAGCGUUCCUAACAGGCUUAUCCAUCUACUCCUGAAGGGUCCCUCACAGGCAUCAUUGCCAAGAUCAUUUUGUUCUGCACAUAAUAUACUUAUACCUGCAAACAUGCGGCUGAAAACAUUGCAUUGUUGUUGCUGUUGCCACCUUUUGUUCUAACAGCCAAGGAACGGCUCAUUUCUCGUUGUGUUAAAACCAAGGGAAGAUUUUGCAAAAGAGAAAAAGGCAACAAAAAAAGAGUGGAGGAUAUUCUUUCCCAGUGAUGUCACUAAAGUGUUCAGUUCAACACGGCCAAGUAGCACAUACCAGACCUCCUCAGUAAUAAUCCAAAGCUGAGGACUGGUGCCAGGUUAUGUUGGCGUUGUAAUAUCAGACUUACAUUUGAGCUUUAGGGGGUGAGAAUUAGUGUGAAAAUACAGGCCAGGCCACAUCUUAUGGGUUGUCUGAAUUAAAAACUAAUACAGUUAAAGCUCUCUCAGUGUGAAAUAUCUACCUUUAUGAUAAGGAGAACUGCCAAACACCUUUUGAACGACCAAUAGAGUUAAUUCCAAGUGUAAUGUUAUGGAUGGACACCACACUGCACUGACUGGUAAUUCAGUUCUGCUUUGCCUCUUGAGAGAUAUCCGUUUAAGUACAGUAUAGCAUCAAACAUGACACAUGAACUACAUUACUACAUUGCAAACCCUUCAUAGAAAACUCAGUGGAUGGCAUUUAAACUCACCCCACUGCAGUGUUAUUAUCCUGUAGUGAAUUCAACCUCACCUUUUCAGGCUGCAUUUAAGGCAUUAUCAGCUUGCUCUUAGAAUACGUAACAUUGUACUUCAAAGAAAACAGCCUAUUAGCACAUGUUCUGCAGCAUUGAACCUGCUCUUAGACUCAUGCAUGAUAAGAAGGCACUUAUAAUUAUUGACUAAAUACCUCCUUCUCCUGCGCAGGUUAAAUGCACUUUAAGCACCAAUGCACAGCCUUGGGAGUGCGACCGCAAUGAAUCAACAAAAACUUCCUUUUAUUCAAAUAUAUUACAUUGAAUUUCAUAGUAGAGGUGUUUUGAUUCUCUGGCCACUUCCACUCUUUGUGUAAAAAUAGCAUUCCAGUCUAACAGGCCUGCUGAUAUUUCUCAUAUUGAAUCGUCACCUUUGAUGAUUGCCGAUAUCCCACAUGCUGGGAUAUGUGUUAAUGUGACAGUCUUGGCAGUGAGCACACAGGCCUGGCCGCAUGUGCAGCUGAGACGGUUCAUUAAGGACGUCUUAUGACUCCACUCACUCAUGCCCUUAGCUUUCGGAGGUUUUGCAGGCUCCGGCAAGUCUUGUUGCCCCAAAACGCACCUAUCAUCAUGCAAGGCUGUUUGUGAGGAAAAUCCUUUCCAUUGCAUGCUUCAGGAUGAGUUCACGGAUACAUGAUAGAGAGGUGGAUUAAAUUAUCAUCACUCUGAAUGAGGACUCCACCGUCAAGCUCCUCUGUGAGCGAUGGACUGACUCCUCCUCACUGUCAGGCGGGGGAAAUGGGCCAUCUCUGUAUCCAUUAGUGAAACAAUAGAAGAAGAAUGAAGUCCCCCACAGUGGAUAUCAACCUCUCAUUUUCUGCUGGAAGCACCUUGUCUGACAGUCUGUGCUUGAGCAGAGGUGUCACUCUGCAUGCGUGAAGGGUAAUAAUUAUAUGCUUGAGUUCCUCCAAGGCUUAGUGCAAUUUGGGAUGAUAAUUCAGAGCCUGAGGGUGAUGAAUGCAGGUAUUAUUCUCACAUCUAUUUGAUAUGCCAGAUUCCUGUUCAGUACAGAAUCACACUAAGGGUAACAUGAAUCUUUAAAAAAAAGGCCCUUUUUUGUGCAGCACCACCAUGACUUCCAUUGUUCACUCAGAUUAGUCAUAGUUUUCAAAAAUAAUCAUAAAUGUUUCAUUAGUGUUUUAAUGAACUGAGUUAAGUGCACAGUGUUCAGACUGUUUUUUCGGGCAAAAAUGCCACAGGCUGAAUUUUGCAUGAGCUCAGGGAAACAUGGAAGACAUGAAACAGGAUCUUAGUCGACUCCAUACAUGUUCAUGUAUAUUUAUACAAGUGUGCAGGAGACAGCAUGAGAGAGCUUCACUGUAUGAUUCAGCGCUAUAGGACCUGUUGCACCUUAUGAGGUUCCACCUUGCUUCUUAUAACCCCCCGCUGCACCUUACAGUCACACCGCCGACCAUCUGCUGUGAGCUCAUUGUCGUCACAUCAUGUACUCGGUGAACUGUCGUGCUGAUCCUGACAUGUUAAGGAAAUGUAAGGCAUGAAAAUCUAUUCACUUAUUUUGCUGAAGUUCUCCUGACAAAGAAAUUUUCACCUCUACCUUAUUCAUAUGUACUGCUACAGGAAAAACAACAAAAUAUGAGUCACAGAUUUGAAUUUUACAUGGCUGCCUCUUCUUUGGGUCGUUUUAAUUUAGUAAUAACCUUACUCUUCGUUGGCCUCUAUCCUCUUUAAUUAUCUAUGGAAAAAGGGAAGAGAACUGCAUCUGAGGUUAUUUGCAUUAUUGAUCAAUCUGCCUUUUUAUAAUUUUAAUAAAAUCUAGACACACAAAACAUCAAAAUACAGAGAAUUCAUUAUUUCCAAGAAUCCAGUUUGUAGUCCUUUUUGCAAACUUGCUUUUCAUGAAGACAGAUAUCCAAGAGCAAAAACACCACUUGCUGUUCGUGUUCAAUAGUCCUAACAGAUUUGAUCUAAAAGCGUCUGAAAACCCCCGUGAGGAGCUUUCAGUCUGUGUUGAAUUUCUGCAGAAAGUGUCAAAAGAGGCUGUUUCGACAGAAGGCUGGUAGUCUCAUUGUCUGACACCGACCAGGUGGUGGAGAAAACAUGCGUAGAAAUAAUUUUAUAGAGGCUCUCAGUCUUCUUUCUGGUGGUCUGGUCCAGGAAAGACAUCUCACUGGAGCUGAAAUAAAUCACCAAACAGACGAAUAAAAGGCAUGUUUUACCUCCUUUAUCAAUCAGCACUUGAAAAAAGACCAAAAUGAUUUCAAAUGAGGAUGUUUUCAUCACAAUCUUUUGAGGUAUACAGAAAAGCGUACAGGCCGGUGAUAUAAAACUGAGGUUAAUUAGCAGCACACAUUAUAUAAUCUCUCUAUAGCAUUAACACCUGGCAGGUAAAACAGCAAGAAGUGAUUUCAAAGCAACAUCAAAACUGCUGUGAGAAAUUUGUAGCCAGUAACAAAACAGACUGAAAUUAAUACUGAUGCCUCUAUUUGACCUAUAAAAGCCAACGACCACCAGGGAUGAGAUUCAUGGAUUCUGCAGGGUUAUUAUGAGGUCCAGAACUGCUGGUGGGUGGUGUGGGGGGGUAGCUGUCAGACCAUUGACAAAAAACUGCAAGCUGCUAUAACAGCUCUUUAAAAAAAAACAAAAAAAGAUUUAAAAUGAGUGUUUGAACAAAGCUUGGGACAGGCUACUACAUCAGAAAAAAAAAACACAUUUGAAGAAUAAAAUAAGCAAAGAGAAACAGGAGGGAUUAAAAUCAACGAUACAGACUAAAAUGAAAUCCAUGUCUUACUAAUUACCAAACUGUAAUUUUCAGACACUGGCCCCGGUAUUAGUGACAAGCUGCCAUUUAGAAUGAGCUUUUAUUUUGGUACAAUAAGUGUUAAAACAGAGGGAAAUAAAGAUUUUUACUGUUUUUACAACUUAAUUGAGUUCUUCUUCAAUCUUUAAGAAGAAAUCUCUGUAAUCCUUACAACUUUUCAAAGAACAGUUUAUAAAGAUGGUCCGUCUGGCAAGUGUAGCACUCCACCGGGAAUCAUUAGGUGCAUUGAUGACUUUUUAAUGCGAUUUAACUGCUGAGGAAUAUGAAACCAUUAGGUUACAGAGGAGCAGGUGCACCCAUAGCAGUGUGAACUUUUCCCACAGGAUGCCUCCAUAUUUUGAGAUAAUAAUUACCUCUCUCUCUCUCACACACACACACCCGAUGAGAAAAUUUAAAAAAGAAAAAAAAAAAAAACAGCCUGCAGUCAGCAGAUUAAUGUCAGGGGAGGUGAUGAAAUGUUUUUUAAGUUGUCACCAUCCUCAGAAUGAAGUGAGUUUUACCACCGGCGCAGAUAUUCUUGUUAUUUUCACGCUAGUUGAGAGAACGAAGGGACAGCUGCUGCCAUGUUUGGACAUGUGAGUCUAUAGGUGUGUGUGCGUGGGUCGGUGGCUGCAUGCACGUCAUUGGUAAAGGUGGUGGCAUCUAAACAUGGCUGCUGUCCAAGCUGCUCCUCUUUGCUUUUCUAUUCCUUUUUCAUUCUUUCUAAUUUUAGUUUCCUCUCUCUUGUUAUUUCUUUCCCCUCUUCUUUUGGCUUUUCUCUCAUGUUCUUUUUAUUUUGCUUCUUUCCUCUACCUCUCUUUUUUCAUCAGUUAAUUGAUUAGUAAUUAAUCCAUCCAUCCAUCCAUCAUCCAUCCAUCCAUCCAUCCAUCCAUUACUGCUCUCCCCUCCUCUCCUCUUGUAUCCUUCCUGCUCCUGUCUUCUGUCCUCUUCUCCCUGAUUUUAUCCUCUUCAUUUCUAUCCUCCCCUUUUUUCUCCUCCCCCCUCCUCUCAUCCCCGUUUUCCCCUUCCCCUCUCCUCUCCUUCCUGUUUUUCUCCUCUUCUCUUCUCCCUGAUUUUCUCCUCUUCAUUCCUCUCUUCCCUGUUUUCUCCUCUCAUCUUGUCUCCUCUGUUCUCCUCUUCAUUCCUCUCCUACUGUUUUCUCCUCCCCCCUCCUCUCUCCUCCUCCCUGUCCCCCCAUCUCUCCUUCCUGUUUUCUCCUCUCCUCUUCUUUCCUCUCCUCUCCGCUCCUUCCUGUUUAUCUCCUCUCCUCUCCUCCCUAUUUUUCUCCUCUCCUCUCCUCCAUGCUUUCUUCUCUCCUCUUCUCCCUGAUUUUCUCCUCUUUAUUCAUCUCCUUCCAUGUUUUUUUCCUCCCCUCUCCUCUCCUCACUGUGUUCUCCUCCCCUCUUCUUUCCUCUUCUCUGCUCUUCUCCCUGUUCUCCUCACCCCUCCUCUUCUCUCCUCUCCUCUACUCUCCCCUCCCCUCUGUGUUCUCCUCUCCUCUUCUUUCCUCUCCUCACCUCUCUGUGUUCUUCUCUCCUCUCCUCUCCUCUCCUCUGCUCUUCUCCCUCUCCUCUCUGUGCUCUCCUCUCCUCUCCUCUCCUCUCCUCUGCUCUUCUCCUUCUCCUCUCUGUGUUCUCCUCUCCUCUCCUCUCCUCUCCUCUUUCAUCUUCCCUGCUCCUCCCUGGCUGACUGGCUGCCUCACUUCUUGCCAGGCAGCAGACAAACAUUUUCCCUGAAUCUGCCACUCUCACUUAGCAUCCAUCUGGGUUUUUUUCCAGUGAGGUGAUUGGCAGCGGGGGCAAGCAUUAGCAUUUCCUCAUCUUGGCAUCGAGACUCUAACAGGCAGGCAUAGCGGUAUAAGAUGUGAUUUGAAUACUGAGCAAAAACAUAAUUUAGAGAGAAGUAUCUUUUGUCCAAAAAAAGCCUAAUGAGAGGAAUCUUCCUUUGUGUUGAUACUAGAUUUUUGACUUUUCUGCCUGUCUGUACAGCUUUAGAAAACAAAGUCUAAUUAUUUCACUUUCAUGUAUUUAUAUGAUUGAGUUAUUAAUAUAAAGUCUCACAAGCUGAGACCUUUUUAAUAACAAAGCAGUGUAGUUUUUAUCAUGGAGGUAGAUAGUUUUCCUAUUUUUACUGGUCUGUACUGUCUCCUCAUUCACGUCGCUUCGGCUCGUUUCUGGCAUCAUCUUAGAGCCAGCCUCUCUUGGAAUGCAUCUUGGAUUUUCAACAGUAUCCUUAAAUGGACUCAUUCCUUCGCCCCAUUCUCUCCAUAAAUAUGUGGUGAGCCUUGGUACAGAUAAAAAGGUAAUCCACAUGCUCUGUCUGCCAAGAAGCUAUUUCUUGCUCUGAGCUGAAUGGAACAUGGUGUAACAAAAACAUCCGUCUGUAAUUUCUCUCUGUGAAAAUGUAGUCCUGUAAAAACACCAAUACCUGCCCUUUCUGUCUGUAGAGGAGUUAUAGUGCACCUGCUGUCACCAAACGUCUGCUUGAUUCUUUCUACUUGUAAAAGAGAUAUACACAGAAAUGUGUAAGAGAUAAAAGGUUUGCAGGAGAUGGAAAAUGUAGACUUUCUUUUAUAGGAAGCAGGGUUAGGGUUAGGCAUAUACAGUACAGCAUUCGAUCUAUUUCACUGCAGGCCUCAUGAUGAACAGAGCAGUGAAUUGAGUGUCAGUGGUGCACUGAUUUUACACAGAAGGCUGUACUUAUUGAGUCUGGCAGCCUUUCAACACAGGUCUCCACUUUGACAUCACACAAACCAACUCCAUCUGAUGUGCCAUCAGUUUGAUUUCCACCAUGCCAAAAUCGUCUGCUGAAGGGGAGCAGUGAGAGGACAGAUUUCAGCUCUCUGAGGAAAUGAAGUGAGAGUUUUUUAUCUCAUGAUAAGUCUUUUAAUCAUAUAUCUCAAAGUGAUGGUUUUACAUUUAAAAAUAAACUUCACAAGUAAAGUUUUCGUCAUGUACCAGACAUUUACAUUCAGGCCAGACUUUUAAAAAAUUUGCGCAGAGUAAGUGUAGCGACUGCUUUCCUUCAACAAAAAGGCCGCUGGGGUUUAGGUUCGCUUGCAUCUGUGACUCGUUCAAUUAUCAGUCCCUUUUGAGUGUUAAAAGUGGUUUAUAGUUCCGAAAAAGAAAAAACACAUUGAUCCAGGUCUAAAAACUUCUGCCUUCAAAUGAAAAAAGUGUUAUGAUAAAAUGAGGUUAAAACUGGAUGAGUGAAACAGUCAACAGAAAAUUAUCAGAGCUGACCACAACCCAAUUGUCUGACUACACCGGUGAGAUUUACAUAACCUGCCAAACAUCACAAAACCACACCCCUCAGUGAUGAUCCCUGGAAGUGACUUACCUAGUAAAAAAUCGUACUCUGAACAAAUAUAAUUUUGGCUCCUACAGUAAGGUUGGUGUUAUCUGUCUAUCUGUCUGUCUGUCUAGUUUCUCAAUAAAGAGAGCUCAUCCAGGCUCAUUUACACAAACAAACAAAACAAAGGUCAAUGAUCAUGUAAUGGUCAAUCUAAUACAAACAGAAAGUUUAAAGUAAAGUUUGAACAUUUUUUUUUUAUCAUCAAGCAAAAUGGAUUAUAGUAUCACUUCUAUUUCCAGCCUCUUCACUGCUGACUUUUUGUGAUUAUGAUAGUUAAUAGACCAUCUUUGCAUUGUGGAGGUUGAAUAUGAGAUUAUGACAUUUUUGUAUCACUGCCCAACAUUAUAAUGAACAAUUAAAACAUCAACACUUCUCUUCUUAAAGCCCAACCAGGAUGAAACAGAAGUACUCAUCACUGGUUCAAAGGCUCAGAGAGAAAAAAAGGCCUCUACACUCAAUAAGCUUGGACUAAAUUCAAGCCAAACAGCAAAAAUUUAGGGGGUUUUAUUUGAUUCUGAUUUUAAUUUUAGACCACAUGUGCGCUCUGGGAGCAACACAGAGAGGUUACUGCAUGUUUUAAGAACCAGCAGGCUAGACUGCUGUAAUGCUCUCCUUACUGGUCUAUUGACGAAAACCAUAAACCAGCAGCAGCUAAUCCAAACUCUUGCAGCAAGAGUGCUGACUGAAACCAGAAGGACAGAAGGAGAGCACAAAUAACUCCUAUUUAAAAAUCUUUGCACUGGCUGCCUGUUAGUUUUUGUAUUGAUUUUAAAGUUCUUGUACUUGUGCAUUGACUUGCACCAGACCACAUCUCAGAGAUGCUUUUAGUUUAUGAACCAGGAUGUCCUGUUAGUUCAUCUAGCUCUUCUCUUUUGACUGUUCCUCACAUUUGAACUAAAACAUAACAGUGUCAUUGUCGUGAUUGGAAAUUUGCUCGUAGGUAAGAUUAAGGUCAAUGUGUAGGUACAAUGUACAGUGAGUAGGUGAUUAUGCACCGACCCCAUGCAAAGCUAGCCUUUAUAUAACAUUAAAUAUCUGACUUUAUACUCCUAACUUGAUUCGCUUCCCCAGAAAACAUCUGAAACAAUCAAUUAUGCAAGUACUUCUUUUUUGUUUGCCAGACAGAGUUUUGUUAACUUUGCCUCAGCUUUUGUUUUCCCAAGCAGGAAAAUGUAAUGAUUCAUGGAAGUACUUUGAAGCCUCCUUCAAAACAGCACUAAGAAAGACCCCUGCUUUUCAUUUGGACAUUUUAAUUGGCUAUGAACUAAUUAUGUUGUCCUGUCACAGGUGGCCACGACAGAUGGCCUCGUCCAAUGGCCUGUGUCGCUAUGGUGCCCGGGUGGACUGCUGCUGGGGAUGGACUCGCCGCUCCUGGGGUCACUGCCAGCGUGAGUGCCACCGUGCUUGCUGCUGCUGCUGGGUGCAAACAGGGCUAAUAAGGUUGCCAGGUUUCAAGCUGGGGUCAAAGAUGCUAUUAGACAGAGGAGACACUGUGAAGCCACCACAGUGAAACCAGAACAGGCUUGGGGAAACACACACACACACCUGACGCACACAUGCAUAUGCACUUAUUGUUAGAGCAGAUGCACACAGCUAAUGGGGCAUCACACCAGAGAUAAUCUGUAAGUAAAGAUUGAUGGUUAAGGCUGGUAGGACAGGAGAACCAGCUGAUGUUUAUUUUCACUCUGCAGGUGGUCUUAGUGAAGGAGAAGGUGUAGCCGCAGGUGGGAACAUUCAGUACCAGACUAGAGAUUGAUUACGGUCACAGCUUUCAUAAAAAAUCAGGUCAAGCAGUGAAAACACAUUUUAUGUCAUCAGGUGUGUAGACCUUGACUCUUACAUACGUAUAUUCAGCCACACAGAUGAAGGAUUCAGAGGAUGUCUCCUUUCAAUACCACAUGCCUUUAUGACAUACCAGCACAUAACAUUUGCAACAUGUUUACAUUGUGUAAGGAUGCUAUGCUCUUCUGUAAUGCUACUCCAGGGAGGCGUGGAUAUAGUUUGGUUUUCAAAUCUGGCAUGUUGCCCAGCGGAUCCUCUGUGCGUCUCGGUGUCUAUGCUGGUGUAGCUGCUCUGCUUCGCUCUGGAGGUUUACUUAAGAAGGGGUUAACACAUAAAUAGGCCUUUACUGCAGCAGAAUUCUUGCAAAUCUCAAUUUGAAGGGAUAUUUAUAAUUUCCAAGAAGUUGUUUUAUAGAGAUGCAUGUUUGAUUGCCAAGAGUCAGAUGAGGAACUCAGUUCUAUUCCUAUAUCUGUCUGUUAAAUAUGAAACUACAGACAGAGCCAGGCGAGCAGUUUCUCACUGUUUACAACCAUUAAGCAAAAUUAACUGUGUUUUAGCAGUAGUAGCUUCAUAUUGCGAUAAACAAAACGGAGCUUUGUGUUUGCUUGACCUUACCUGAUGCAGGAUUUUUCUGUAGACUGUGCAGAAACUUUGGAAAAAAUAUGACUACAGAUAAAAAUACAAACGGUUCCUUGACAAAAACUGUUCUAAAAAAUGUAACUUUAUCACAAAAAGUAAUAGUUUUGUGGUGCACAUCACCCUUGGCUCCUAAACCCACUAAGUCAAAUUUCUUGGAGUCUAGAUUAACAUACCUAAACACUGUAAGGACUGAUGUUGUCUUUCAUGUAUUCACCUCAGUCUGACCUAAACUGGACUAAGCGUUCUCUGCAUGCUCCACGGUCUGUACGCAUACAUUUGCUGAAGGCAGCUGGGUAUGAAACUAAAUCUCCACCGAAGGAGACAGAGAGGAAAUCCGGAAAGACGCAGCUGUCACAUCAUAUAUAUAUUAAAGUUCCAGAGCUGUAAAGUUGUCCAUGUUUUCACCCUUCAGACAACUAAUCAGUCCUUGGUACAGACAGAAGUCCCGUUAGACUGCCUGAUGAAGAUAUAACCAUGGCUCAACCAAACUACAUGUAAACGUGCUUCACUGUCUGCUUUAUGUGCUGCAAACAGUGUUGAAAGAUCACUGCUGAUAAAACUGGCAGAUGGCACAAUUUCUGAACUACUUUAAAUGCUUUUUUUUCUGUUAAAGACCGAGGCAUAGAUACUAAUAUGGCCGUCUGUAAUUGACCAUUGACUGUCAUUAAUAUCCAGCAUGCUAGUUAAUAUUUAAUAUUGAUUUCCUCAUCUAAGUCUGCAGGAGAGAAAUCAAGUAUUGCUCUUGUUGCUUUAUCUUGUACCCAUUAACUCAGACUCUGUUUUUGUUUCCACUGCUCGGCGUCACACUCCCUCUACAAAUUACUUUCAAUCAGUCAUCUCUGCCUUGUAGGGCUUUCUGAUCAAAAGUUUGACAUUUCAGACACCGCCACAGGGUGAUGGCAGAGUUUUUCGAGAUGAAACGCGCAUUAGUCAUCAGAUCAAACAGACCAUGACUACGACAAACACAAGACGUAGGCAGCAAAGUGCGUUUCAUUACUGCGACCACUUAUAGAAUAGAAAAGGGAAGACUGAACAGCUGCCAUGUAUACAUUUAUUGCUUUAAAUGGAGAUGCACAACACAAGAUAAGCUAAGAGGAACUUAAUUUUCAUCCUUCAGUUUAUUUACCUACUUUUGAAUGUCCCCAUCCUCCUCUGGAGUUCUUUCUCUCUUUGCAGGGAUCCAAUUUUUCAUCUUUUAUUCCCGUUAAAGUCACAUUUUUCUGUUGCUGCCUAUCUCACAGCAGCCCCUCCCCCUACAAAACAGUUCAGGGAAGCAUGUAUAGUGGAAACACAAAGCAGAACAUGGUACUGUAUCCCUCUGAGGUCUUAUAGAUGGGACUUACUGUAAGCUCCAGGUCAUGGGUUGUGAAAUCGCUGCUGCAGAAAAGACCUAAACAUGAAAAUUCAUGAAGAUGCAUGUUGCUCAGGGUUGUUGAUUAAUACUUUGUGUUCCUCAUUAAUGAAAUUACCAUACUUUGAUUUAUGUACUUCUGUGUAUUAGCUCAUUGUGCUGUGCUUAAGCUGACCUUUGUUUAACUCAUUGUGUUUUGUAUAUUUUUGUGGGGAAUAUGUCACACACUGCUUGUUUGGCCGAGAGCUCUGUGCUGCUUCGGCUAAAAGAGAGCUGAAUUUGCUGGGGUUCAGGAGCUGUUUUUCACUCCAAUUCUGUGUAAAAAUGGCAGAGUGCCAUUAUUUCACUUCAUGUCGGAGUGUUUUGGAAGAUUUCUUAUUUUGUUCUGGAGAACACAAACAGGCUCACUUGAGUUCACGGCUCUAGUGUUUUGUAUUCCUUUUAGCUCAGCCAGAUUAACCUUAGGUCUUUGCUAGACAAAUGUGCUUUUUAUCCACCUCUGCUUCAUGACGACUAGAAACAAAAUAUGAUAAUUUUAUUCUUGUAUAAACACUUGGAGUCAGAAAACAAGUUAUGCCAGUGGCUUCUGGGACAGACGGGGGCUGAUUUUAUGGCUGUUAAUCUUAGCUAUGUAUUGUUUUUCUAUGAUAGCUGGCCUCUCUAAAAACUCUCUUACCUUUUCCCAAGGCCUUGACACUUUAACUACACAAUAUGUGCUGGUAUGAUCUCAGCAAAAUCCCCAUUGUUUUACCCAGACAGCUCAAAUGUAUCAUUUGAUAGUAUUGUUUUAACACGGGGCCAGGAGCAGCAGUAAUCCUGGCAGGAGUCAGACAUCUCAGUGCCCAAUGUCUCCCAGUGCAUCUGUGCCGGGCUCUGUGCCUUUAAAGCUUCUCAUCCAUGUUCAGAAAAUACAAGUUGGACUAGAUUUGGGUUUUGGGGUCAGGACAAGAAAGACAAGGAUGACUUCAUUAGAGAGAGAGAGAGGCUUGGAUCAUGAAAUAAGACAAGAUUCAUGGUCUCAUUUUAUACUUACUUAAAUCCAAACAAAAUAUUAGAUAGCAGCCGCAGCAGCAGCCCGCUUUCAUUUUGCUUUCAUAGCUCCUAAAAACACAGCAUUUAUUAGCUUUGGUCUUGUGUAUUUGACACUAAAUUAAGCAGAGUCAGAUAAAAGAAAAAUGCUUGCAUCAAUUACUCCACCAGCCAACCAGCAGUGUGUCAACAUGUUUUCCCUUUGUUGUUCUGGAGUCCCACAUGUUCCCCAUCAUCCCAAAAAUAACUGCUAAUUUUGUGCCUAACCACCACAUCAAUCUGCUAUAGAGUAUAAGCCGCUGCUCUGUUUUUUUUUUUUUCCUCUUUUCAACAAAAUCAUGCCUGCGCUGUGAGUUAAAUCACUGGCUGAGUGCUCGCCUUAAUGCUUUCAAAUGCUCCUGACUGGGUGCACAGCACAAAUCCACUCACUUGAGACCACAAUUAGUAUUCCAUCAAGUCAGGGAGGUUCUGAUUUAAACCUUCAGGGCGGGCGCUGGAAGGUAUGGUAAAGAAAGGAAGUGCAAUCAUACGUGAGUGUGUGUGCACCUUUUUGUUUGCAUGUGUGUGAGAGGAAGCAGUCAUUACCGAUUUCAAGAUCUUGGCUAUAAAAGAGUUUAGAUUGGAGUUGUAUCAGACUAUCCUCAAAAGAAUGCGAUACGCCAUGGAUCAAGUUGGUUCCUUUUUUUUUAUCAAUCAAAGCUCACAAACCGAAAAGAGGGAAGAAAAAAGGACCAAAAGAGGGGGAAAGUGAAAAUCCUGCAGUGUAAGGGAAACAGUGUAGAGGUUACAGGAGUUAGAGAUGAUUACUGUUGGAGCGGGGGUGUGACAUCAGGACAGAGAGAGAGAGAGAGAGAGAGAGAGAGAGAGAGUGAGAAAAUCAGGCAGAUGGAGACAGAGAGGGGAGCUGUAGAUUUAUAGUAAACUGAGGCUCCACUCAUAAUGUUCUGACAGGCCAUCCGGCAGGCAGAGCCAAACCGAUUCUAACCAGCUGCCAUCGGGCUCCUUUUACUGCCAGUGUGACAAUUUGAGCGUUUGUUCAUCAAUUGUAUUUCCAGUUUAAUCCAGUAAUUAGUCACUUCCAACGAAAACAAAGAACAACCAAUCAACAGGUCAAUCCCACGAGUGUUUGUGCCAAGCAGUCUGUCCAGGGUGUGUCCAGGAGGGCUGACAUUAAAACCAGCAAUUUGGACUGUUUCAGCGGGUAGUCAGUACAGAAGGUCAUUUUGAAUUUUAAUGUAAGAUUUCUUUCUUAAGACUCACCUGUUUCAUAAGACAGAUAUGUAGGAGAGGAAUCAGUCCUUGAGAAAUGGCAAGAUAACGCCUGCACAUUGUCUAACUGUCAAAAGCACAUUCACUGGCUUCAUUUCAGCACCUAAACGCUGCCAAUUAACCUGUCACUAACAGUGCGCAGGAGUUUGCUUGCACUAAGUACUUCACGGCUCUAUUUUUGUGCCUCGCUGGCGGCUUAAGUCGGGUCUGCUGUGCCGAUGAGGCACGCCCACGCGCACUUUGGUAUUUUGGUGAGCGGCGCAAGUAGCCCCCCUCUCUAACUCAGCUCCUCCCAGCGGCACAAGUAAGGUAGAGGUAGGGGAGAAGGCGUGGAAUGGGUUUAACAUAGUCGAGUCCUAUUUUCACCAAUCACAUCAGCUCCUCUCCUCACCCUCCAUUACCGGCAAGGUGUAUUUCAAAUUUCGUGAAGUAGUCUGAGAGAUCAAGAGAUAGCGUAAGACAGCAACGCCACAAGAUGGCGACAAGACGAAGCCCCUCAACAAGUGUCUUGGUAAGCGCUGUGGAGGGUGUCUUCCGCACUCACAAAUAAGCACAGAGGGGUUUGAUGGGUGGAAGGUUGGACCCACUGGUAAGACAACCAACCUUUUCCACAAAUAAAGACAAUCACACCAAGUUGCAUAUAUUUAAACCCCAAAGACAAAGUUGGGUUGUGUGCACAGAUCACAAAAUAAAUCAAUUAUUUGCUGAAUAUUAAGGAUGUGAGAACAUUAGAUCGACCUCCCCCUACUGCGCCGACACCCCCAGCUUGGCGCACCUCAAUGCACCUCAGUCUACCAAAAUACCAAACUAGCCUUGCGCCAAAUAUAGAGCCCUGUGGUGUGACUUUGGACCCAUAUCUUCUUUUGGAGCCCUGAGAAAAUAAGGCUCAGCUCACUGAAAUAUUACCACCCUGUUGAGUUAAUAGUCACACACACAGACCUAAUACAUUUGUGUGCAUGUGUGUUAAGUAAAAUUCAAGAGGACUUCAGCUAAGAGAAAUUUAAGAAGAUAGAUAAUCAUUAAAAGAUGUUUGACCCUGACGAUGACGGAUGAGCAUCACAAAUUGUAGGCAUAUCAACAUCAAAAUCAAAUCUUCCUCUUUUUAAUGAGUUUGCAGGCAUUUUUAAAAUCAAAUCAGCGCAGCCUCUCUAUAAGUGCCAGCACAUGAGGGAUCGACAUUCUUGAUAAGAGAAAAGACUGAUUAAACUUAUCUCAAUGUCUUUCAUUGACGUCUCGUUAGACUUCAUUUUCCAGUUGUAUCUGACAAUAAGAUGAUAUUUAGAUGGAAUUUGAGUUCAUGACUGAAUUCUAAGUGGUCCUUUUUGUAUAGCAACUACGGAUUCUUCUGCGUUGUUGCUAUGGCCAUGUGUGGAGUCAUUGCUAAGAGAUCAGACCCCCACACAAGGUGGACUGACACUGUAGUCACAGAAAUAAAUAUCAAAACUCUGAUUGGACUCUAAUUGGGAAUAAAAUGAGACAGUAAUCAGCACGUCUUAAAAACAGGGAUAAGAGCAUGAAAAGAUUUGAAUUGGCCUGCGGUUUCCUUUGAAAGAUUCAUUAGGUGACUCUGAAAUUUCUCAAAGGGGUUUUGUUUGACUCUUGUCUUCUGAAAGACUUACAAAGAGAAGAGUGAAUAGUGACUGCAUAGUGAAGGAACCGGGUAGAAUAUCACCUCCAUAUUAGAUAGAUCACGCAUUAUAAUUUCUUCAGAGCUCCUGGUGGGUUUAAAAUCCAUUGAAGCUGGGAUUGCUUGUGACUGAGCUCAGUCUUUGUUUAGACAAAUGGUGAGGACAGGAUUAAGGCAGGACUUUUGAAUAAGUAAUUGAAGUUAACAAGACAGUGAUGAAAGAGGAGAAGUGAUAUCUCAGUUUAAGUUAUUCACUCUAUCAUGACAGUCUGCGCCGUCUCCUUGAGACUUUGGUUUUCUUUCAUGACCACUGGGCUGUAAAGGCCUGUGUGGAUGUGAGCCUUUCCCUCUGCAUGCACUAAUAAGAUGAAAACAAAUGGGAGGGUUUGCUUAGAGAAAUUAGAGGGGAUAUAAACAGAAAUAAAAGGCACGGGUUUAGAGUUACUUGAUGUAAUUCAAGCUCUAAUGGUGCUUCAUUUAAAUGGGGAAAAAAAAACAAUCCGUCAGCAGUUAGGAAGCUGCAGCCUUUAUCUUUAUAUCAAAGCAAGUGAGUUUUAAUUCAUUUGAAUAAUUUUGUAAACAAGCAGCAACUUGCUGUGUUGAAAAAUGAAGCCAAUGCAAAGUGCAAAAAAAAAACAAAAACUGCUAUGUCCACUUUAGACCGGUGCCAGAAAAACCCCAGUUGGCCCCACAUUAAAAUGUCUAACUCUACAGCAGAACUGUUCUGCACCGGGUUGCACCAGCUGUACACAAGUUCAACUGUAGUUUAGAUGUAGUGUCUUAUUUAGGACAGAGCUUAUGUACUGCUUAUAUGUAAGUAGUUGCACCGUCUGAUGGUGCAACUCCCACAGUCAUGGUCAGUUGUUUUUAAAGAUUGUAUAACUUUGAGGAUGAGGAGGAGCAGAUGAUUUCACCUGCUGUAUGUUGUCUGCACUGCACUCUCUCUCUCUUAGGGAUAUAUAAUGAGUUAGAUUUGUGCUACUGCUCUCACUCUCUAUGAACAAUAAGCAGAACAUCAGGAUUAAAGAUUUCAGCAUUAGGUGUGUAUGUUGUUACUGGGUUUGUGUAUAUUAAAGCUCAAAGUCAUGCAUAUUUAUGCACAAUCAGAGUCAGGGCAGGUUUGACUGAUAGGUGAGCUCUGUUGCAAUUUCUCAGGCAACACAACUAUGGCAUCAACUCCACUACUUUGUUCCAUUUUCUUAAAUAUCCAUUAACAUUUCUUAUAAUUGAUACCAAAACAGAGUGAACUUUGGUACUUUAUUUUUUAAAUUUCAACCGAAUUAUGAAACAUCCAAACUUGACCUCUUUUUCCAGAGGCAACUGGGAAUAUGUGUGACUCCAAAACUCCAGAUUGUGUUUAUGUACAGGUUCAUCACAAUAAAUCUAAAGAUUGUCAAAAAAAUGAUUUAUUUCAGUGACUCAUUUCAAAAAGUGAAACUCAUAUUCAUCACACAGAGACAGAUAUCUGUAUUUCAAGUGUUUAUUUCUUUUCAUUUUGACGAUUCUAACUUACAGCAAAUGAAACCCGAAAUUUAGUAUCUCUGAAAAUUUGAAUAUGUGAAGAAUUUCAACAUUGAAGACUUAUGGUGUCACAUUGUAAUUAAAUGAUCAACUCAAAACACCUGCAAAGGUGCAGUGAGCCAUUAAAUGGACCACCAGUUUGGAUCAAUAGGUCACACAAUCAUGGGGAAGACUGCAGACUUGACAGAUGUCCAGAAGACGAUCACUGACACCCUGAACAAGAAGGGUAAGACAUGAAAUGUCAUUGCUGAAGAGGCUGGCUGUACACAGAGAGCUGUAUCCAAGCACAUUCAUGGAAAGUUGAAUAGGAGGAAAAAUGAGGGGGCCAAAGGUGAACAAGCAACACAGAUAACUGCAGCCUUGAGCAGAUUGUGAAAAGAAGCCCAUUCAAGAAUUCAGGGAAAUUCACAAGAAGUGGACUGCUGCUGGUGUCAGUGAUUCAAGGGACAUGGGCUUCCACUGUCAAGGUCAGUGUUGCCAUCUAUCAGGGACUUUUAGAGCACUUCCGCACCAGCUUUAUGGAGAUUCUGAUUUCAUUCUCUAGCAGGACUUUGCACCUGCCCACACUGCCAAAAGUACUACUACCUGGGUUAAGAAUCGUGGUAGCCCUUCAAUUGAUUGGCCAGCAAACUCAUCUGACCUAAACCCCAUUGAGAAUCCAUGGGGUACUGUGAAGAGGAAUAUGUGAGACCCCAGACCCAACAAUGCAGAAGAGCUGAAGGCCACUAUCAGAGUAACCUGGGCUUCCAUAACAUCUAAGUAGAGCCACAGACUGAUGGUCCCCAUGUCACGUUAAGAAAGCCCCAACCAAGUAUCGAUGGCUAUGCAUGUUCAUACUUUUCAGUAGUCCAACAUUUUAUGUGCUUAAAAUCCCUAAAUUGGCUUUUCUGAGAUACUGAAUUUUGGGUUUUCAUCAGCUGUAAGUUACAAACAUCAAAAUGAAAAGAAACAUCUAAAAUAUAUCAGUCUGAUAGUGAUGAAUCAAUAUAAUUUAUGAGUUUUAUUUGUUGAAUUGAAUCACUGAAAUUGAACUUUUUGAUGAUAUUCUCAUUUAUUGAGAUGCACCUGUAUGUACAGUAGGUGUUUGUGUGUGUAUGAGUGUGUGUUUUGAGUGUUUAUUUUUUUAAUCCCCAGGAACAUUUGCUUGUCACAAUGACCUGGCUGUGCCCUCUAACAUCAUGUUCAUGUUUUUUUUUUUUUCCUCUCACACUCUGAGCAAUGCCUGCAACCUUUGUGUGUUUGGCUAUUUGUUUUGCAGCUCUCUUCGCCUUAACUCACAGAGUAGCCGGGAUAAGGUGCCAGCCCCAAGGUUAGCUCACCAUGUUUCUUCAAAUAAUCUUGCUGGACAUGUAUUGCUGGGGGCAUAUCCUCUGAAUCCUGAGCUCACUUACUUAUUUAUAGACCCAAACCCACCCUUUCCACACACACACAUGGGCACCCAUACACACACACACAUCACUAAAAAUGCCUCAUGCCCCUCGGCUGCAGCCACUUUCCUCCCUCUGGCCUUAUAGAAAAAUGCAAACAGCCUUCACUCUGCAGACCUGGUUUUACCUGCAGCCAUGUCGAACAUGAAUUAUGCUGAAACUCUUUGGUGUCUUGUUAAGAUUCAGCAGCCCGUCUCGUCCACCCCUUUGGAAUGAUAAUGAAACCCCUGGAGCUGAAAUCCAUAAUGUUUUUUAAUUAAUCUAUCAGUAAUAUAUCCAUCUGUACAGUGCAGUGUAAAAAGCUAAGUAUUUACGGUGGUUGGAGAUGCUUUGCAUACAUAAACAUAUGGAAAACGGGAGCAGGAUGGAGCAUGCAAACACACUUCAUCACUGGUAUGACAUUAUGCAGCUGAUGUGUGACAUUCUCACUGCAUACAAACUACAACAACACAAGUUCAACUACAGAUGAUCCAUCCUUCAAACAGGAAAAUUAGUCUCAAAUGUGUUCAAUAAUUGAUCAGCUGAUAUGCUAAGUUAUGUUAAGGCAUUAUUAAUUGAGAAUAAAAUACAUUAAUAUGGAUUUAGCAUUCGUUUUUUUCUGACUUUGACAAAUACUUAAAAGUUUUGGAUAAUGGUCUGACAAAUGAUCAUUUCCGAGCAUUUCCAUCUAUUUUACAGGCAGAGCAAUGAUUUGAUUAAGCUGAAAAUAUAAUAAUCAAAUACACUCAUGAUGAAAUAUUCAUAAUAUGUAGCCUCAGGUAAUUGCUUUGCUGAUUGUGAGAUGAUGCAACUUGUAAUUAACAAAGGCAUGCUUCUCCCAGCUCCUUUUGAUAAAUGAAUGCAAUGCACUGUUAUCCAUUUACAGAGAAUACUGUCUUUUGUGUUAACAUAAGGCGCCAAUGAGCCAUCAGUAAAUCAAAAGAAUCUGUGUCAGCAGCGCUAAAUUAUCCUGAGGAUCGGCUGAUGUAAACUACAGAGAAAAUGUGUCAUCACUUGGCAACUUUUGAUGGCAUUUAAGGAACGAAUGAGGGACAUGUGUGCUAUGUUUGGCCAUCCAGCUGGUACGACCAUUUUUAGUCCUGCGUGUCCUCUGCCGCCGUUAAUGAACUUCUCUCUCUCUUUCUGCCAGACCAGAGGCUUAAAAAUACCCUCAGAGGCCGAGCCUGCUGAUAUCCGCCUCUGAUCCUGCUAAUCAAACCCUCGCUAUGUAGGAGAGGAACAAAAAGAAGUCCAUGCAGCUGCCCACUAACUAACAAGAUCAGAGGCUUUCAUUUUAUCUCCAGACCAGAGCGAGCGCCAAUAAACUUCCUCUGGAGUGCAACUCUUUUCCUCCAACAUAUUUUGCCUUCUUUAAUUUCUGCUCCCAAACUCUGUCUGUUCAGAGUGUUCACAGUAAAGCUCAUAUCACAGGCCUCUCAAAGUAGGCUAACAAUCCUUUCUUUCUAUUAGAUUACAAAGCUUAAUAAAGUAGAAUGAGUCUGGAGAUGUUAUCGACUCCAGUUUAAGGAUUCAACACAUACCUUUGUGCCUUUGAAUUCAAUCUGAACAAUGUUGCAGACUGAAACCCGAGGAGCUAAAGAUGCUUCUCUGUACGUUCUCGAGUAGAAAUUUAUGAAAGACUGCACUUUAUAAAUAGAGUAUUAUUCAAUCUUUCUAUUCUGUGUCCCUCAGCGUUAUGAAAGAAGCCUUCACCAAAUUGAUUAUAGUUGAAAACAUGGAGCACUUAUUUUUCACGGUUUAAUGCAAACUUCAAAACCACUUAGUUUCGCAGAAGAGAUGAUAGGUGCAUUAUGCAUGCAGUAGAAAUUUUAUAGCGAAUGCACAAGCUGGUCAAGAGUUUACAGAACAGACUCCACCAUAUGGCAGUGUGGGCUCAUCCGAGUCUAAGUUCUAAAGGUGGAGUGGGUUUUGUAAAGAAGUUAACAUAAUGUAAAAUCUGUUCAGACCCCAAAGAUGAUGUCUGUCCUCAUUUGUGAAAUAAGGAGCCUGGGAAAUUGGCUCUAGUUCAGUUUAGUUGGACAAAAAGGAAUAUAAAUUCUUCAUGGUGGCGAGAUCCACACCGAAAUUUAGGACCUUGUACAAACACAAAGUCGCCGGAAGAAAAAAUCAUUACUCCUCUUUCAUUUGGAAGCAAAAAGGCUUCAGCAAAUUAAAGCACAUGUAGUACUCAGUGAAGUGGUUUUCAGACUAAAAGGCUUCUCAAUUUUCCACCAAAUGUAACUGAAAUAUUGAGUCUAUUCUUUUUUUUACUCUCCUUACAAAAGUAAAACAUGUCACACCAAAAGUAAAACCCUCUUGUUUGAAAUUACAGUUCCAAGAAAAAUGUUGUCUGAAUUUUGUAAAGCAACACCAAUACAACAAUGAAGUAAACAAAACAAGAACAUGGCCACAAACAAAACACCACCAUCAGACCUCGCCAGAUAUGCUGGGAGCAACUCCUCUCUUUAUAUCUCUCUUACACACAGACACACAUGUAUGUUCUGCCUCCUCCACCGCAGCGAUAAUUAAGUCCUCUGAUUGCACUGUAUUAUGACAGAAUUAAUGAAGCUUUUAAUGAAAAUUAGUAACACUUGGCUGAGGCCCAGUGUAUCAGACAUGCUUAGCAGCAGGCUGCAGUGAGUGCAGUCAGAUAAGCAGCGGGGCAAGCCUCCAGCUCACUGAGACAGAGCACAGAGAGCUGCUGAAUUUGGGUAGUAUGUCUCUGAACGCACCCAAAAUAUCAUCAUCCACUCACUGUGGAUGAUCUGCAGGGCAGUGCUUUAGUGAGGCGCUAAUUAUAUUUUGCUGUUUUGGUGCUCCAAUUGUUUCAGCAUCGGUCUCAGGGGGGAAAAUAUUUGCAUAGGUUCAUCUAGUUGGCUGCAUGCAACUUUCAAUAUCAGUGCUGCAUUUACAAAGCAGAAGCAGAAAAACCAAAGCUAACUUGUUUACGGUGUCCAGGCUUCUUCUGUGUAACAUGCAAAAUGAAAAAAUGCUGUUUUAGCGAGGAGGAUCACAUUUUAGCCGAAAAAGGCUGCUUUAAUUCUGAUUAGCCAAUGAUAAAAGCUCUAACACAGUCACAAAGAAGGAACAAAACACGUCCCCUAUAGGAAAAAAACUACACUCUUCUCAUUGCUGUAGUAAACUGACAAGCGAAGAAGCGGCAAGAUUAAGUGCUUUGUCAUCCUGAUCUUAAACAAGUCGUCUUCCAGGGCUCUGUGCUGAUCUCUCUCUUCCUCUUUGAAUCCUCCCUGAAUAGCUGUGUGUCAGCCCGGCUGCAAGCACGGAGACUGCAUGGGACCCAACAAGUGCAAGUGUCACCCUGGCUUCACCGGCAAGACCUGCAACCAAGGUGAGCUCUCGUCUGGAACCUGGCAGUCACUUUUUAGAUUGAUCUGUCUGUUGUUAAUGAUCUUACAUCAAACCACCUUUGAGUAUACAUUUUUAAUCAGGUCCAGCUGAUAGGUAAGCUGAUAUCUUACAUAUUUUUUGCACAAAAAAAGGGGGGAUGCAAUUGCUCUAAGAUCUUUCAACGCCAGUUUUUCUGUCCCAGUAUUUAUUCCAAUAGCCUGGUAUGAGCAUAGAUUGUAUAUAGAAUGGACACCGUCCGCCUCCUCGCUGGGUGAAGCCCCUCCGAGAACAGCACCCUCUGGUGACGGGCUGCAGUAAAGGUCAUAAAUCCUGCCUCCGUCAGCGAAGCUUAUGGGGCUGUGGACAAAUCCUGACCUCAAAACAAGUAAUGCACUAAAAUAUAGGGUCAGGAAACUUUCAGUGUACUAUGACUGGAAAGGUUUGUUUUUGCUGUAAAACAGAAAUAUUGAGCUCACCUUUGACUAAUGUUACAUUCUCUGUACGUUUGCUGUUGUCACAAGAUAAACGACCAGGAACCAGUCCUUCUUUGCUUUUCUAAAGUUACAAGUCAGCCUACAGCACAGCAUAGCUUUCUGUUUGACCACUGUUUGGUUGUUGUGAAUAAAACUUAUUCCCAUUAAAUCCAUUUGAUUCGAUUUGAUUUAGCACCAACUAACUAGGGAGUUCAGUUGACUUCACAGACUAACAUACCCUUGAUAUCCAAUCCUGUGUUUUUGAUGGCAUUGGAGGCAUUUUCCGAUGCUGGUAUCAGUACUGGAAUAACUCUUACUUCGAACAGCAAAACACACCCUUGCUGACAAGCCUCUGCAGUGAGCGAUGGAGGAGUAACCAUCGUUUAUUAUGGCCAGAUCUCCUGCACAACACUGGUGAAUUAAAGUUGCCAUUUACUCCAUAAGUGGAAGCUGGCUUGCCAUCACACUGAGAGAAGUGAGAGGCUUUAAUCACAAGGGAAGGAGGUGGAGAGAGAGGGAAGAGAAAAGGAGAGAGAGGGCUGAUUCAGCGUGAAUGGAAACGACUGGUGAGGCCAUGUUGAAUGAUCCCAGGAGUGCAUCCACUCCUGUGUAGAUAACAUCUCAAUUACUGACCUGAGAUAACUUGGCCUGACUGAGUGCUACGGAUGCUAUUGAAAGUGUGUGCGCACUUGUGCAUUCAUGUGUGUGUGUGUGUGUGUGUGUGUGUGUGUGUGUGUGUGUGUGUGUGUGUGUGUGUCAGCUCAGGUUUUUGUGAAUUUUCAUUGUUGACUGAUUGGACAUGUUACAAAGCAUUAAAGCUUCGCAGUUAUGCGUAAAGUUGUCAUGCGUCCAAGCAGCCUGAAACUACUUGUGGAAUUCACGCCCUCAGACAGGAAUAGGAUAGUGUGUAAUUAAAAACAAGGGUUGGGGUGGUGGAGGUGGGGGUAAAGGAGGGGGUGUGGGUGGGUGUUGAAAUCCUUUCCGGAAUGUUCCAAAUGACUCAUCCUGCAUUUGGAGGCUAUAGGUGGCUCCUGUCUACCCGGCCAGACGGCUCUACUUUGUCUUAAUCUGCAACAAAGCGGGGAGGAAAAAGGAUCUGCGUCCCAUAUCCAACUACAAUAGCCUUCACUGCCAACCAUUCAGACCACAGGCUUAUCUGACAAAUGUGAUUCCAGGACCUUUCGAGAUGAAACUGUACUUUCAAGUGUCCGUCAAACCUUCUGUUUGUCCAAUAAGCCCCAGACGUUUGACGGAGCUCACCACUUCACUCGACAUUGAGUGGCAGACUUGCCCUUUCAGCUUGUUUAGAUGGAGAUAACCUUGGGGUUCAGUUGUAGCUGGCACGUGCUAUAGAAACCAAUUCAAUUAUGCAGAGGAAAUAGAUUGGAUUUUCUCAUUUAAAUGCAGGCUCCGUUAAACAUUGAUUUGAGGUUUACUAUUGAUGUGUCAGGUGGCUGAUGUUUUGAAGCGUUCUAAUAUCCUGUCCCUGUGAGGCUCCUCAUUCAUCUCCUGGAGUCAGCGGUGGGAGAGGACUCAUUUGUCCAGAGCUGUUUUCUUGACACAGAUUCUGCUAGAAGGUCAAGUAGUGACCCUGAUACAGUGUACAAUAUGAUACAGCAAUUUACCGAAAUCAACUCAACUGUUGUGAUUAAAUACACACUGAAGAGUCUUUCUGACAGGAAAUAAAACAGCCUUGAAAUGAUAAUGAUUCCUCAGUUUGAUCUGCAAAAAGGAGAUGAGGAACAAGACAACCAGAAAAGUCUAGUCAAAUCUAGCAUAGGAUAGUAUAGCAUAGCAUAGCAUAGCAUAGCAUAGUAUAGUAUAGUAUAGUAUAGCAUAGCAUAGCAUAGCAUAGUAUAGUAUAGUAUAGUAUAGUAUAGCAUAGCAUAGCAUAGCAUAGCAUAGUAUAGUAUAGCAUAGCAUAGCAUAGCAUAGCAUAGCAUAGUAUAGUAUAGUAUAGCAUAGCAUAGCAUAGUAUAGUACAGUAUAAUGUAGUGUGGUAUAGUAUAGUAUAGUAUAGUGUAGUGUAGUGUAGUAAAGUAUGGUAUAUUGUAGUAUAGUGUAGUGAAGUAUAGUAUAGUAUAGUAUAGUAUUGUGUUGUGUAGCGUAGUGUGGUGUAGAGUAGUAUAGCAUAGCCUAGCCUAGUGUAGCGUAGUAAGGUAUAGUAUAGUUUAGUAUAGUGUAGUGUAGUACAGCAUAGCAUAGUAUAGUAUUGUGUUGUGAAGUGUAGUGUAGUGUAGUGUAGCAUAGCCUAGCCUAGUAUAGCGUAGCUUAGUGAAGUUUCGUUUAGUAUAGUAUAGUAUAGUAUUAUGUAGUGUAGUGUAGUGUAGUGUAGUGAAGUGUGGCAUAGCAUGGCAUGGUAUAGUAUAGUAUAGCAUAGCACAGCAUUGCAUAGUAUAGUAUUGUGUAGUAUAGUAUAGCAUAGCAUAGUAUAGUAUAGUAUAGUAUAGUAUAGUAUAGUAUAGCAUAGAAUAGUAUAGUAUCGUAUAGCAUAGCAUAGUAUAAUGCAGUGUAGUGCAGCAUAGCCUAGUAUAUCAUAGGUUAGUAUAGUAAAGUGGAGUGGAGUGGAGUGGAGUGUAAUUUGUCGUUUUUAUCAGAUUUAGUCAAACUUAAGAUUUCUCAACUUUAGUCCACUUUAAAGCCUUAAAUAUGCACCACUCACUCUGCAUUAAUGUUUCUUUUCAUUGACUGACCAUCCUGCUGAGAGUAACCAGAUAUUAUUCAGUUAUCAGAAAAAAAAAUAUGUCUAUAACAUUAGCAAACUCUCCAGCAGUGUUUUAGUUUUAAGGAUUUAAAAGACCUCCCUGAUUUUGUUACUGAAGCAAAAAGACACUUCCAGACUUGUACAAUAAUGCCCCAAAAGAAGAUUCUCAGUGAUUCAUAUGCUGAACAAUAUACUGUAUUUUUGGACUUGUAUUAGGUCAUAGGGCUUUGCCUACAUAUCCACACAAAAGGACGCAUUCCUGUGGAAAAGUGGGAGGUGUGGACAGACUGUGUGACCCUGGAGGCACUCCAGUUAACAAGAGUGUUUAACACCUCAGCAACACAAAAACAAACCGCAGAGGAAGCUUUAAUGUUUACACCAAACAAAAGCAUGGCAGAUAUUGAUCCCAUCGCUCACUGAAUCAGAGCAAUUUUUCACUCUGUCAAACUUUUAUCAGCUGGACCUGGAUUGAAAAUGUAUAAUCAAAGGACUACAUGUCAUUUUUUGCUCCGACUUUUCUUACCUUAAUGCUUUUUUCACCUUUAUCACAUUUGCUUUACGGGAAAUCUCCACAUCUGAAUUGGAUGUCUUCUGGAUGAAUCAGAUAAUGUUCGUCAUUUAAUUAAGAGGCACUCAGCUGUCAAGAAUAAUAACCAGUACUCGGAGAAUGCCAAUAGCUCAUUUUGAGAAAGAGCUCCACCUUUGCUGCUGAGGAGAAUUGUAUCUGUCAGCCGGUUUGGUGUGGAGAGACGAAUACACAGCACAAAUAAACUCAUUAAAGGGAUAAUCUGUUUAACAGUUUGGCAGCACUCUCCCCCUGCUGAUCCAAUCAUUUUAAUAAGAUGAUUAUUCAGUGCAGGUGGAUUUAAUUAGGUGUAGUUGACCUGCUGUUAAGACACUAUUAAAAUACUCUGCUGGAGGAACAGUGUCUCAGCCUUCAGAAGCGAUACAGCUGCAGAGGCUCCAGAUGCUGCUUUCUUCCUUUACCCCCUCGUCUGUCAACCAACUGUAUAAUUAAUAGCACAUCAAGCACUAUUGUCUCAUAGUGUGGUUAGAUGAUCCCUUUUUGAAAUACAAGCAAACAUCUGGACCUUCCCUUGCUUCAUCUUUAACUCCGAAUGUCUUUUAGUUUAAGUAAAGAAACUGGUGCCUCUGUCACUGUUUUCUUCCCUGGAUUUCUGCCUGUAAAACACAUUCAAACAGCUGUAGGUACUUUCAGUGUGACAUUCAUGUCGUCAAACUGUGUAUUUUUCUAUAAUUAUCUUCCAAUUACACUACAUUUUCUUUGUUGUAUCUUCUUUAUAUUUCCUAGCAAGAUCUUUUUUGUAAUUACAUUUUUAUUAUUUUCACCUAAAGAAAGAGAAUACCAGAGAGACAUUGGUACAGAUGGCAUUUGUGUUGCAACAAGCUUACAUAAAGGAGUUAUCCUACAGUCCUCUUCCAUUGAACAGUCAACCAAGGGGUCACAAGUUAUCCCUUAAUUAAAAUAAAACUAAAUUUAUGAUAUUUUCAGGUGAAAGAAAUGUAGGUGAUGAAAAAUUAUAUUUGAAUGGAGUAGAAAUCGAACGAGUACAUGAGGGCGAGAUUUUUAGGUGUGAUCAUAGAUAGUAAGCUGUCUUGGAAAUCACAUUUUAAACAUAUAAUAAGCAAAGUCUCAAAAUCUAUUGGCAUACUGUACAAAAAAAGGGGGUUGUUUUUGAUUUAUGGAAUGGACUUGAUGAAGAAUAUAAGUGAUGUACAUCCUUGUCAACAUUUAAAAGAUGUCUCAAACAGAAAAGGAUCGAUGGCUAUCAAAACCAUGGAUGAGAACAUAAAACUGAACUUUAGUCUAUAUUAUGUUUGAUUGUAUAUGAAACUGUAAUGUGAAGCUGUGAAGCAUUAUUUGUUGGUGUAAACAGGAUAGGUGACAUAUAAGCAUUGCCUCAGCCUAUUCCUUCUUUUAGCUUUCUUUGCCAGAAGCAGAUCCAGUGAUGAUUCUAAAAUAGCAGUUUUUGUGCAUAAAUGUCAACAAGGGUACACUUUUGGCUUUGUAAGAAACCAGAAACUAUAAUAUAUCUCCAUGUUCUGUCAUAAAUUUGUCAUAUGAAUCUGAAAAAAAAUCUCUUUGCAAUAAGAAUACUAACAUCCUUGGCUGCACCAGCACAAGGGGAAGAGAACACCUGUCCAACCCAUCUCUGUUUUAAUUUUGGUCUUUCGUUUUCUUUAAGGUAUGCCUUUUCGAACAUCGUCACAUCACAUGCUAGAGAUGCCAAGUGUGAAAUGAUUUUAUGUCUUUUGACUUGAUUUGAGAUCCCAUUUAUGUUCCAUGAUACCAGUUUGAUUGCAUUAGUACCCGUGUGUAAAUAGACUAUAAAUAUUCAUUUGAUUGGGAAUGAUGUCUGGAGGCCUAACAUCGUACGUGAAGGAAAAACAAAUACACGCCACAAGGAAAAUACACACAAAACUAGAAAUGAGACGGCUACCAUGUCAGUCUCUAAUCUGUAAUCUAAAGGAAACGAAUGGGUUCAGGUCUCUGCGCAAUUAAGAUCUUUAAUGGUGAGGGUGGCGCAAUCAGUUUUUAAGUGUGCCAUGAUUAACAAAAACUUGAAUCAUUAUCCACCCAUUGAGUCACACUGGCCAAUCAUUUAAAUUUAAUGUGUCUGAUGUUUGUGUAUUAAGAAAUCAGGACUGUUAAUAACCACCCUGCACUUGACUAAAAUAUGCCACAUGAACAGAAACAAACAAAAAAUAGAUGAAUAAUUGUUUAUUUUUCUCUGAGAAUUGUAUAUUAUAAAACAGUCAAUCUUAAUCUGUCCUUCACUGUAAGGUAAUCCUUUUAUUUAACCAAAAGUCUAACUCAUGUCCGUCUGCCAGAGCACGCUCUGACAGGUCUCUUACUCAUCUAAAGAUGUUUGGCAUGUUUAUUUUUAGUCCUGCAGACACUUCCUCUGAGGUGUUGGAGAUAUGCUUGUUUUCAUCAAUGGUAACAACAACAAGCCUUGCUGGGAGUAGUAUGUCAUACCACUAAUCUGUGCCCUAGAGUCUUUCCCUGAUAUCAGCAUACUCCACUCGUUUACGUUGAAGCUCUACAGGUAAAUCCUGGUGGAUGUAAAAAGGCUUUCCCUCCUAGACUAAGCGCUUCUUGCUUGCAGGAUGUUUUUACGAUCCUCCACACACGACAGAGGUAUAAAAUAUGGCUGCUGCGAAAGUUCUAAAGUUGUCUCUCCACCUCUUUUGGGUCAGCUGUCUCAAGCAGGCCUUAUUCCUCCAAGUUAUUUCUUUUGAGCUGAGACUCCAGGAGCAUCAUUUAAGUUUUCAAAUAAUCCACAUCUUUAGUAGGAUCUUCACUUUCCUGUCUGUGGUGUGCUGGUUCUUCGUUUCUCUAAAACUUGUUUCAGUGUUGCUCAAUCUGUUUAACACAGCUUGAUUAUCUUUUUCCAGAAUCUUUAUAGAUUCAUUUAAUUCAUCGAAUCUUGAGUCAAAUCAAUCUUUAAUGUCAUUAAUCUGGGUCACAAGCUGUUGCACCCAUACAGGUGGUUCUUUACCCCCACGAUUUGUUUGCAGGUCCCGUGGUCAGCGUAUCUUGACCAGUGCCUUUAUGAAAACCAAGACUAAAAUUAAAGAGACAUAUUUUUCGACUGAGCGGAACAGUGAUGGUCCAACAAAGGGUUAAAUUUUCACAGUGAAGUUCAAAUAAGUCUUCCACUAACAAGGCUGAACUAGUGUUAACAAAGAGUCAUUAUAUGAAAAUGUGUAACAGUAUUAUAUCAUGACACUAUGUUGUCGUUCCAAAUGUUUUCUUGAAGUUAUGUUAUAUGUUAGAGCUGGGACGAUAUGCUUUUCUCGAUUCUUCUUAGAUUUUUACGAUGCUGAUUCCAUUUAAAUUGGGAUUCUACAAUAUUGUUGAUUUUCUCGUUCUUUAGUUUUCAUUUUUAACACCAGUGAAUAAUUAUGAUUGUCUACUGACUAUUCCAGGAACCAUAUUUCCCCCCAAAAUACACAUCACAUAUGAGUCAGUUUUUAAGAUUUAUUCUUUAAUUUGAACAUUUUGGACAAAAAAUCUAUUUAAAUAUUGUAAAACAAAAAAUCGGGAUACUUAUGUGAAUCAAUUUUUUCUCCCACCCCUCUAAUAUAUUUCUGUAGUCAAGUCCUCACUGUUGCAAUUAUUAUUCAGUAUGAGGAGGACAGCUGCUCUAAACUAGUCACUGGAUAAACAUGAGUGGGACAUAAAAAAAACAUCUUAGACCCAGUAGUUGAGCUGAUAACAUCUCCAUUAACUUGCUCACAGAAACAUAAUCAGUAGUUCAAACAGGCUCACUAAAACAUCUCUCUCACUUUACUGGAUGCACAGAUGUCUGUCGAAGUUAGAGAUCACUCCUGCCUUUUCCUUGAUAACUUUUUCAUAUAUUGAACAUGCUGCACUUCUCUUGUUUGCAUUUAACACACAGUUCAGGACUCCUCUCUAGAUAUCUCGACAGGAACUGUAGCCGAACAAGACGGCAUGUGAACAUGCAUACAAGUAAAUACAUGCCAAUCCUCUUUUCAGCCCCAAUAAACCGGUCAAUGCUAGAGUCUACACCUGGGUUUUCAGAGCUCUAGUUCAAGUUGGACUAUGACACUGCUCAGGGCUGAUGAUAAGGCAGAUUGGUGUCACAUGUAUAACAUGUAUACAUACAAAAAAAAAAGAUUAUCCUGAGCUCAUUGGGGGUUUAGAGAAAGAAAUUCUAAUGAAAUCUUGUAAUUUUGACGCCUUUUUAUCAUUGCAUGCUUACACACAUUCAUCUCUGAAGAAACUUUAUUAGGCAGUGCUAAAUAUUCCUCUAGUAACAUCCAUCCAUGGUGCCUAUUUACAGAUAAAUCGUGUGACAAGUGUUUCUCACUGGGAAGAGUUGGCAAGGAUGCACAUUUCUUGCAUAACUUCUUAGUUUCAGAUGGAGCUUCCCUAAAUAGAGGAAAACUUGAAUGAUUCGAAGCGUGCAAAGCAGUCAGUGGUGGCUGUAUCAUCUUCCCGUCACUUAACAAUAGGUGUUGUUAGCAGACUGCCGGAGGAAAGGUUGCUGGGUGGGUCGGUGGAUACUCAGAGAGGGAGGAGCUGAAACUCUAGAGGCUGAAGUACUUGUAGUCAUGCGAUGAUUUGCCUUUUAAAUGGUAACUCCUGUCGACCUCUGAAGCUCCUGAUACAAAUUGAGAAGUGAUCCUCUGAGUCUUUGACAUCCUGUAAUUCUCCGAUUUCACUCUCAUGACAAAAAAAGAUGCAGACUAGAGAGGAAGGCAGAAGGGGACGGGUGCAAAAACACUUUCACUGUUCUUCUCAUGUGCCCUAGAUUUUUCUGUUUCAGGUACUCGGCUCAUGUCUAAUUCCCACAAAUGUAAUCCUCUUUUCUCUACUUUCCAGGAAUGUGAUGUGGUCAAAGGGGUUAUAAUCCAUCUGCUGGUGUUUUUCCAUACUCAAUAUGUCUCUGUCUGUUUGUCUUCUUCUGUCCUUCUCGUUCCAUCUUCACUCUUUAUCUUUAUCAAUCCCCCUCCCUCCCCAUGCCCUCUAACCCAUUUCCUUUUGUCUAAAGAAGAAGAGCUGGACUAUUUAACCCCACCAGUGUGGGCCAGUCACCUUCCCCUCUUUCUCCCCAUGGACCACCAGCCAGCAAGAGUAGUGAUGGAGGGUGAGAUUUAACUUUUACCCCCCACUGCAGCUUCUUUUCUUCCCCAGCAUGUAUGGUGCUGCACUGUGCGGACUGAGGAGGGAGUGAAUGUCACUCUCAACUUUCUCUUCCUGCUAUGAAACACCACAGAGAGCAGCUUUUUCGUGAAAAUGCCAGCAUGAAUGCUAAGCAUGUCACAGUUUUUUGCCAGUCAAAAUCUAUUUUUCUCUCACUAUUUGCCCCACGAAUGUUUUUGCCACCAAAAAAAUCCCUGCUCCUUUUUCUUGCUCUCUUUAUCAGAUUUUUGAGCACUUAGAGCAAAACUCCUUGUCCCUUCAAAUACCAUUAUCGACACGGACUCAGCACUCAUGACUCCUCUAUUGCCGCUCGAACAAGGCCUUAAGUUCUCUGGGCGAGUGUUAUCUCCUUUGGAGACAAGCCUCUCUUCAUGAAAGCACCCCAGCUAAUCUCUCUGUCGGUGAUGGAGGCGUGUCGGGAAUGUAACCUAGCAUACCUCGGUGGAGCUGACCCAAUAAAUCACUCCACUUUGCAUCACUUUGGAUAUGUCUGAGCAGUUCAUUUACCGUACAGUGAACCUGCCCGGAGGAGUCUUGCACCUUCUGCUAUUGCACCGGUCUCUGCAGUCCUGAGGCUCUGGUGAGCUGUCAAUCGCUGGUCAUGUCUGUCUCUGUUUUUUCAUCCCUCCAUGUCCUCUCCCUUUCCUUUCCUUUGUGUCUUCUCUCUGUCAUGGCUGUUUUUUUUUUCCUACACAGAGAAGGUCCUUGCUGUGUCUUGCAUCUGGCAUGUGCUGAUGCUCACAGAGCUGCCCCUGUCUGAGAAUGUGACCAUUUCAAUAAUCCCUCAUUUACAUUUUUAAGCUGUUUUCCUUUUCAGUGCAAUGGGCGAGUGGAGACCUGUUUCUCCGCCAGGCUGACAAUGGACAAUGUUGCUAUGGUUUUUCUGUAAUCGCAGUAAUGAGAAUGCCAGUUGUUUACUGUGAAAACUGGCAAGGAAAACAGGGUUGACACCGCUAAUUAAAAAAGUGAAAUGUGAGGAUUGUGCAAAUGUGUGCGUGUUUGCGUUGGUGUGUGUUUUAUGGAUGGGGACAUUAUCUUGUUGUAGAAGGACGGACUUUCAGGCUUUUGGAGUUAGACUGAAAAUGAGCAGAGUUUAGCUUUCUGACAAGGACAGGACAAAUUAAUCUAGGUUUGUUUUGUCAAGGAAUGGAAAAACUGUCUUUUUUUUUCAGCUGUCUUCAAAAAGAUGUUAAAAACACAGCUCUACCUUUACAUUCAUCUGCAAAACAGCAGUAGGGCAAACAAUUGCAUCGAAAUUAGCAUCUGGCAACAAGAGGAGUUUAAUGUGAGCAUAGCAAUUUCCGUUUUUAUCUUGUCAUUACUCCGCACCUGCAAUUCCAUCUGAGAACCAAUCUACCUAUGCAAACAGAAAAUAAUUGAGCUUUUAAAGGCAAACGCAGAGGCCCUCAUAAAUUUGCACCUAGGUUCCGACAAUAUUUCAGGGAAAUGUGGACCUGUAUUUACACACUGACUUUUAGUUUUACUGGUAAAUGUAACCAACAUAACUUUCCACCUUCCAGCUCCCAGGAGGACUUUUAAUCAAAUAUAUAUAACAGUCUGAAAUGCAUGCCUAUACCUCUAUACGGUUAAGUAAAGCAAAUGAGAUCAUUAGCAUUGAAACGAAUAAUUUACAUAAUUUUCAUUGAUGCUCCAAACUGUAGAGCAGGAGUAAGUGUUAGCUGAAAACUGAGCUGCAUGUUACAGAAAGACUCUUUUUGGACAUUUCCAUGAGAGAGGUGCUCAGAGAGUGAUAUAUCUAAUCUGUUAAAAACACAAUUUAAACAUAUCAAAGACUAGAGAAGCAAAGUGAUAAGACAUUCUGCUUUGUCCAGGAGGCGCCAUAUUCAACACAAACCAAAAAAAAAAUCCUUACAGGAACUUUAAAAGAUCAUUUUCCAGCCUGUAUGACAUGCAUGUCAACAUUUAGAGAAAGAAAACAGUGCUGUGUUUAGCAACUAUUUAUGUUUGUUUCUUGUUAUGCUAACUCUCCAAUGCAGGAAAGGCAUUUUAUAAAUGUUCCAUCAUGGUGGCUGUAAUGUAACAACUGCACUGACAAGCUAACACGUCUGAAUCCAGAAGAAUUUAUAGUUUAGGGACAUGACUUCGAGCUAAUUGGCAGUUGGAAGAUCCAACAAGUUGAUGGUCUAAAUUCCAGCCAUGUCCUUCUAUAUAGGUCAGAUGCUGUCAGUAAUAGAAAACAGGGUGUAUUAGAUAUACAAACUGGGCAUCUGCUCUGUCAUUCAUCCGCAUUUAUCAGUGGCAUCUGUUUAAUGUUAGCGGUAAGUGGCACUCCAAAAAUGCUCCAUGCUUAUACCAGAAGCUAAACACGGCACCGUUUACAAAGCCCUCGGCCAAGAUGAAAACGAGCCCUCAUGUGACCCACAGUCAGAUCUAUUUGUGAUAUCCUACUGUAUCCGUGGACCAGGCACUGAUAUUCAUAGUGACUGUUAUUUUUAUUUGUUGGAGCUUGUUGCAUCACUCUUGCCUGAUGGUCUCCUGUGUAAACUGGGUUUUCCCCUAUUGGGACUGGAACACUCAAAAAGGACCCCAAGAGUGAGAGUUAGAUUAAAUAUGUGUAAUUUUAAGCAAGUUAAACAUUCCCUCCCAAUAGCUGCCAAGCUUUCCAUCAACAUCGAUGAGUAUUUUAAUCUUAGACACACAUUUACCCCCUCAAUAGGUAUUUCUGUACUAAGAUCAGGGAAGAAAAUAGGCCUGUAAAUAGGGAAUAAAGAAGAAAAGAAAUAUGAAUUAGUAUCACAUAUAUUUGUAAUGAUUGUUGUCUCAGACUCACUGAUUCAGUGUCUGAUAGCAUUUGGAAACAUCACUAGAAUUUCCCUCUAACUUAUUAGUUCUGAUAUUUUUCAUUAGAUAAUAAAACAUGAGAGUUUCUUCUGAAAAUGCUCUCAGGGCUGUGAGGCUGAUGAUCUCUUAACCAGAACCAGACACAAUGACAUCCAGUGUCUCUUCAAUUCACUGUCUCUGCAAGGGAUGUUACACCAUUUUUCUCUAUGACAAAAACUUCAUUUUGAACAUUGCUUCAGGAGGAGAAAGAGACUUGAGGGAAACUGAAAUGAAAAAGGCUUCACCUUUGUGUCAGACAAGAAUAACUUCCGGCUACCUCCAAAUCACUCUUUCUCAAAGAUUGUAGGAAGAAUCAAAAAUGGGCUUGGAGAAACUAUGGAGUGUAUUCAGACAGAAAAUACAAAACAAAGAUUCUCAAUUUCAGUAAUGACAGUGAUUAGUCACCUUCCACUUGAUCUAUUGGCAGCAUGAUCAAUAUGCUAUUAGGGAUAUGUUCCCUCUAGGACACAUAUUUCACAGCAGACACUGUGACUUAUCCAAGAAGAUGAGUCCAGGCAAAAACAUUCAAUCAGGAUAUUUUCACAAGGGUUGCUGUGAUCAAUUUAAUUUUGGGAUAAUGGAGUAAAUCUUCAGUUAUAUAGCUUCAGCAGAAGCUCAGGCGCUCACAGUCACACAUCCAAGCUGAAAUACACAUGGUUCAAUACACAUAAACACAGAAUAGUAACGCUAAAUGAUGCUUAUGAGGUGAAAAGAGCUCCAUAAGAUUGAAGGCAGCGAACUAUUGCAGAUCACACAGCAUAACAGAAAACUAGCUUGUUAGUUGCCUGUUCCAACCUAAACCUCUAAAGGGAUUUAUUGGUACUAGCUCCGUAGAAUCUUACUUUAUUUAUCCCCAAGGAGAAAUUUGAUACUACCAGACCAACAUAGCAUACAGAAAGAAAUGGGGUUCUGUUUUUAAAAUGUACAAAGCAAAUUAUAUAUAGCAUUCAGUAACCUCAACCUCAAGCAAUCUUAUUACCUAUAGCUAACAUGCCUAGCUAUAGGGAGUGGUUCAAGUCUAGUGUUAAAUAAAUUGUGUUUUCUUUGAUCAGAUUGGUAUCACUAUACUUUUUUUCAAAUAAUACAAUAAAUAUAUGUAUAAUGUGUUAAAAUCAUGACAUAGCACUGUAUAACUAUACUUAUAAACACUCAAAAAUGAUCAUUAUGCUUUAUAGCAAUAAUCAUAACACAUUAUAAAGCAUUUUAUCAUGACUUACAAGGUCAAGUAUUAUAAUGUGUUAUAACUGUUAAUAACUUACUGACAAUGUUCACAUAGAUAAUGCAUUAAACAUAUAUUUAUGAUGUGUUAUAACUUGCUUAUAAACUUGUAUAACUAUCAUUAUUAACACUCAUAAAUGAUUAAAUACUUUAUAACAAUAAUAAGAACACAUUAUAAUACCUGACCUUGUAAGUCAUGAUGAAAUGCUUUAUUAUGUGUCAUGAUUAUUGAUAUAAAGCAUUAUGAUAAUUUAUGAGUGUUUAUAACUAUAGCUAUACAGUGCUAUUAUGUGAUUAUAACCCAUUAUACAUAUGUCUAUAAUGCGUUAUAGAGAUAGGCAUCAAAUAAAGUAUUACUGAGGUGACUAUUUAAUUAUAUUCCCUGCUUUCGAACAGUUACUAUCUCAACAAAAUAACAUUCAUUGAAGUUUAGCCACUUUCUAGCUUACAUUACAACUGAAUUGUGUUUCACGAUGGACAGGUAGGGCCUAUUUCAGUAGAGUAAAAAAAUGUUAGUAAGACACUGGUUAGAUGUCUACAAUAGCUGCUAUGCUUUAAAUACAACUUCUGAUUUAGCAAACCACAAAUACAACCAUUAGCCAAUAACAUAACUGAACAUCCCACCCGAAGCUUCAAGAAAAUAGCUCUUCAGUAUAGUAACACAUAAUAUUUUUUUGUGGGUAUUCUGACUUCCUCCCACUGUUUGAGAAACAUGCGGCGAAGGUCAAUUGGUAAAUCUAAAUCGCUGGUUCCCUUGAAAGGUAUUAUGUGUGUAUUUGUUGGCCCUGUGAAUGACUAACAGCCUCACCACAGUGCACCUUACCCUUCACCUAAUGUCAGCUGGAAUAAGCUCAAGACCCCUGCAACUCUCUGAGGAUUAGCCUAGCAGCUGUUGGUUUGGUUACACUUUUACAUGCAUUUUUGCAGUUUGAAUGAUUUAUCAUGAGAUUAUCUACAGCAGGAUUGAAUCCUAGCAUAUACAAUCACAGUAACAAUACUUUUAUCUAUAUUGCACCUUUAAAAACUGCCAAGUGGCAUUUACAACAAACAAAACAAGUUAGUUUUACAGUUAUCCUUCACAAAAAGGAAUAAAUUGCCACAGCGGAGAGUAAAAAGUUAUAUCCAAUAACAAGGGGGAGGUCUUCCUUUGACAUUUAAAACUGCCUUUAGGUCAUCCCAGGUAAGACAGAUCCCUAACAUGUUGAAAGGUCUGCUCAGAUAAAACACUACAGAGCAGUUUUUGCUUCUUCAUUGAUAUUGUGAGUCUCUCAUCAGUUGCAUUUUUGAAGAUGAGGUUUUAGUGGAGCCUGCAACAAGGAAAAAUAAAUGCAUACCUUUUUUUUUCCUCCUAAAACCUUUCAUGCUGAGGACUCAUAGCAGAAAGUACACAGGUGUGCCUAAUCACAUUAGUCCCCAAUGCAUUAAGGGAUGACAGAGAGGCAAUACACACAACACAAGGGCGCUGCAAUGGGAAUAAAUACCUGAGACAUUAAUAAUGUUAUUAGUUACACCUGCGUUUGACUUGUCAAAAUGUCUGCUGUGAGAGCCGUAUAAUUGCCCGAAUUUGCAUAAGCAUUUGACAGGUGCUGAGCUCAGGGUAAUUCUUUUUUCCCAGGAGCCCACGCUGCACUAAAGUCAAGACAGCAUCAUUUUCUAAUAAGAUUUUCAUUGGCUGCUGAGGGUGAGAUUUCUCUACUUUUACAGCUAUAUAAAAAAAACCCACUGGAAUUAUACAUAUCUAUCAAAGGGCCCUGGAUGGUGCAGAGACCAACAUUUGGUGAGUCAGAGGGUAUAAUAACAUCUUUUAUCACUCGCAGGUAAUGGCCAGGUUGACAGCUGACACUGGCUUCCUGUUAAACCAUCAAAGAGGGGAGGUGCAGGCUUGUCAGAACAGGGCGACACUUGACUUCCUCGAAGACAACCCCCAACCCCUUACCAAAACACAGACACAUUAACACACACACUCACAGACAGACAGACACACACACACACAAACGCAAAUAAAUGGAUGGGUGAGGUUUGACGUGAUUGACCUCUUCACCUUUGCCCUCUGACUAAUUCCAGGAGAGUCUGUCCCUGUCCCUCUGUCCUCCAGUCCAUUUAUGCUCUGUCUCUCUGUUUCUCUCUCUCUCUCUGUCUCUGUCUCUGUCUCUCUCUCUCUGUGUCUUUCUUUUCCUCUCUCUCCUUGUGUUUGCAGACCUGAAUGAGUGUGGGCUGAAGCCUCGGCCUUGUAAACACAGGUGCAUGAACACAUAUGGGAGUUACAAGUGCUACUGCCUCAACGGUUACAUGCUGAUGCCUGAUGGGACCUGUGGAAGUGAGUCUGUUUCUUAUACACACAAACACACACAAACACAUACCUGUGAUUGUACACACUGGUUGUAUUGUUUAUUAACUGGGUUAUUUUUCUUCCUGAGACAUUUUCUUCCUCACGUCUUUUUCCUUACCUAUUUUUUUCUGCUUUGUAGCAUGAGUGUGAUCCUUUAAAACCUUUCUUGACUUCACACGUCAUCUGGAUCUCUGCACAAAGCAGAACUCUAUUAUAAGACACGUAUUCCCUUUUGUGUGCCUCGCACUCCUUUGAUAGGUGGUUUGAUUGAAGCCCUGCGUUGAUCUGCUGCGUUACAGCGGCUCUACAGCCGAAGAAUCCCGGUAAAGACGACGGAAAAGAAAAAAUGUGAAAGACGCACAAUCUUCAAGCCCUCAAGUAAAUGUGCAGCCCUUAUUGGUUGCCCUGAGGUAUCCUACAGAAUGAAAGUUAACGCCUGUACAUGUCCCCUUGUAAAUUGUGCCUCCCACCUGAUAACCGUUUUCUACUUGAAGGAGAAACAUCCCGUGCCUCGAUUUAAUUACUUAUUUUCAUCAUUUCCCCCUUAUUUGAAUUGCUCACCACUUGCGGCAAUCUCACGCUGCUCCUGCUGUUGUUGUGUGAUGAUAGCAUGAUAGUGUUAAACACCUUGCCGCUUCUCUUUUUCUCCCCAGCCUGUGCUUUGAUCGAUAGAUCACUGUAGCAUUUAAUCAGCCCAGCCUGCCUCUGCCAUCAAACCGUACUCCAGGGUGCCUGGAGUAGUUGCAGCAGCAUGAGCCUCACUUUUAAUUUCCUUUUUAGGGUCCAAAGUUAUUGAGAGAGGCUGAACAAAAUCUGUUCCAUUAUAUUAUUAUUUUGGAGGGGGCCUGAUCUGCCCGUCACGGCUCAACAACAGAGGGGCUGCGAGCUCACAGGCCAGAGGAGGAUUACGAGUGUGUAGUUGUAGGAAAGGAUGAAAGUGGGUGAGGGAGGAUUGUGUGGGCUAAGGUGUGAGCGCAGAGAAUCUAAUAAUAACAGAGUGUGCUCUACUCUGUUGUCUGCACCUCAGGGUCAAAUCUGCUAAUAUCGGAAAAUGCAGCAGAGUAUCCCAGGCUGCGCACACAUGUGCUGGAGGAUAAGUGUGAGCCUGAAUGCGUGUGAGCUGUAUAAUCUGUUGCCUCUCCUCUCUCCCUUUGUUAAUAAGUGUUGUGUGUUUUCCCCUUGUGGCCAUCAGAUGCUCGCACUUGUGGGAUGGCCAACUGUCAGUAUGGCUGCGAGGUGCUGAAAGGAGAGGUCCGCUGUCAGUGUCCAUCGCCCGGGCUGCAGCUGGCCCCUGAUAGAAGAACCUGCGUGGGUAUGUCCUAAUCUUUAUAUAUCCAUACACGCCUGGAAACACAGCCUUAAAGGGAUAUUCCGGCGUAAAAUUAAGUUAGGGUCAAACACACCAUAACACCAAGUUAGACACCCCCUCGAGAGAUAAAUGUUGCUGACUGCUUGCUUCUCUAGUUAAACCAACUUUAGUAUCGACCACAGAUAGCAAUACAGAGAGCCACGGGCUCAACCAAAACGCCACUCUAUAAACACAAAUAAUGCUUAGAACAGCAGCUAACUUCAUCAACAGUACAUAUAGGGUCCUUGCCACAGCACUAGCCACCAAACAUCUUUUUAGCUUUGCCUGAUUUCUUUAGCAAAGAGACUUAACACAACUCACCUACUCUCCUCCAGCAGCCGCUUAUUUGUAGCAAGACCUCAGGCCAGUUCAUUACUGACUGUAGCGGGGGGACCCAGCUCAAGGAAGAACAUUUAUAAUUAUUACUUAAUGGAAAUGCAGUCAGACCGAGACGUAAAGGCAGGAGAGCUACUGUUUCUGCAGUGCAAAAUGAUUAAUGUGCUGAUUAUUACUUUAAGGAAAUGAUAAAGAAAUUAUCAUAAAUGUUCUUCCUUGAGCUGCGUCCCCCCACUGCAGUCGAUGGACUCGCCCAGAGGUCUCUGUACAAACAAGUGGCUGCUGGAAGAGAGUAGGUGAGUUGUGUUUAGUCUCUUUGCUAAAGAAAUCAGGCAAAGUUAAAAAGAUGUUUGGUGGCUAGUGCUGUGGCUGGGACCCAACAUGUACUAUUGAUGAAGUUAGGUGCUGUUCUGAGCAUUAUUUGUGGCUAUAGAGUGGCGUUGUAGUUGAGCGCGUGGCUCUCUGUAUUGCUAUCUGCAGUCAUUACUAAAGUUGGUAUAACUAAAGAAGUGAGUAGUCAGCGACAUUCAUCUCUCAACGGGGUGUCUAACUCGGUGUUAUGGUGUGUUUGACCCUGAAUUAAUUUUAUGCCAGAAUAUCCCUUUAAGUUGCUACUCUUCUCCGGGACAAACUCAUGCAAAAAGUCACAAACAAUGAGGUUUUGUUUUAUUAUGUACUUUUCUCAGCCUGAAUGAUAAUCUAAUGCCACUGUUUUGGCAGAGCAAGAAAGAAAACCUGGCAGGAAGAAUGCAGUUUGGGAACCCAGACAAAAUCACUUAGCGCGUUAAGCUGUAAUUCCUCCAACUUAUUUACCAUUUCAUCCUUUUUUUUUCUUUGAUAGAGCAUUAAACAGUCUUUGUCGACCAAACAGUGGCUUGAUUCACUUGCUCCAGCUGUUCCCCCAGAACACAAAUAAAAACGGGGGGCCCCCCCACCCCACUCUCCGUCCUGCCCUCUUCUUUUAUGAUGUGGCACGGGUCCUCAGAUGGGCAGCUAGCAGAUGAAGGGGAAGGUUGAGGUAGUUAACCCAUGUCAGCCUUAAAUACAGGCUUUGGACGCCGGACCAUUCCACGCUGCCUUGUAGUCCCACUUAACUGCAGGCUGCCUAAUGGGGGGGCGGGUUUCAGAAACAGGACAGACAUCAAUCAUGAAAAGUGACGGAGAGAAGGGGAGGAAAGGCUUCCUGCCACAGGUGUUACAACAGUCUCAGAGAAUGUCUCUGCAAGCUGCCGUUUUAUGGCGAGUUUUAUGAACGGUUUCUAAUCACAUUUAUGGAGGGGAUUUUUUUUUUCUAGUAAGCAGAUUUUUAGAUGGGAGACUUUACAGAGAUGCUGAGCUGUUCUUCACACUUCACGAUGUUGUGAAUUCAAAUGUAUCAACACAUUUUUUAUUUUGAUAAGUAGACUGGACACAUAUUUAUGAAACUCAGCAGAAAUAAAUACUUAGCAGAGUGUAAAGAUAAGACGCUUUAUCGGUAAACUUACACUGACUUACAGAAGAGUCCAGCUGACUCAGACUGAGCUGAAACAGCCAAUCGGAGACAAGGGUUUUUCUUACAUAUGCCCUACAGAAGGAUAGGUUUUUUUUUUAAGAUUUAUGCAAAUAUUUUUAAGUGUUUAUUAUAAAAAUAGCUCUAGUAAAACUGUACAUGCAUCAAUCUCAUCUUUAAAGCCUCAUAAAUUCAUCUAUAAGGCUUUAAAGCAAUCGUUAUAUGUGAAAUUACGAUGGAAAAUGGAAUGCAAACUUCUCUUGCUGUCACACCAGGUUCAUCAGAUUCAUCAAAUAACAAAAAAGGAAGAUAAAAGAGGCCAACAAUGAAGACCCAUAGAUAUAUACUGCAAACCAAUUCAAUACCAGCCUUAUUUGAAUCGUGAGCCUGUCUAAUACAUUCAAAAGAAAAAAAGAGAAAAAAUUCAGUUUUAUUCUUUUCCUGUUGAAUGUCCUGUUGAACAUUUCUCAAACCAGACUGAUAAUCUUUGAUGGAAAUAUCUUCAGGCGGCAUGUACUGACUACUGAGGGUACAGACACGCUGCACUCUCUUAUAGGUUAAAUCAUACAUUUAAAGAGAACACUGGCAUACUAUUAUGCAGGUAACCAAAGUGUUUUGCUGGUGUGAUGGAAAAGACUCCUAAGUGUAAAGACAACAAGUGUUGUGGAAGCAGUAACGUGAUCUUUGCUGGAGACGAAUCCAGUUGAGAUAAAGUUCUUGAUUUGUGAGACUGAGAAAAAAACUUUUAGGAAGAUUGCACUUUUUACAGCAAUCUUUAACAACUUCUAUUUGAAUAGAUCAGACUAGAAAAUCCUGUCUGAUGAUCCACAAGAGGAAAGUAUUGAUUUUUUUUUUGCAAAGUCAUAGAAGUGCUGAAAACUUUCUGCUAAUGAUGAAGAGCAUCAGUUUGCUGUACUAUUGCUGAACUACUGAAGAAGAAAACUUAAUAUUUCAAUAGUGCUUCUCUCAGAAAUUGCUAAAUACAUCAGACAAGUUCUCAAGUAAACACAGUUUUAGCACUUCAUAUUUUCUGAUAUGUUUAUGCAUCCACGGCUGUAGAUUUGAAUUGCAUCCUUAAAUAUUCAUCCCUUUGAAACAAAAGUCUGAACCGUCUGAGACAGAUGUUAAUAUCCGUAAAAAGGGCAAAAGCAAGCAAACAAUGUCAUAUUUUGUUUACAGACACAGUGACUGUCAGCAGAUUAAUUCACCGCUGCUCUUUCAGUAUCUGAAUAAUUCAGCUGUGAGUAUUAAGCAGCCUCAGCGCAGCAGUUUGGGGUACAGUGCCUUGCUGAUAAGAACCUCAGCAGUUGUUGUUAAGGGACCAGGGAGUCCUGCCCACUUAAUUCACUUGCUUGUUUUCCCCGAUGGUCUAGGUGUGUCUAUGUGUUCAGGACCUUUUCAGACAACAUCCCAGCAGCACCGCAGUGUCUCCACUGCAUUAUUCAGCAGAUAAAUUAAAGAUUUUAAGACAAACGCUCUGAGCAUCCCUGUGUCUAAAUAUUAAUGGCCACAUGCAGGCAAAGGUGAUCAACACAUCAGAGACUCUUGAAAUAGGUCUUUAAAUAAUGGAACAAGCCAGUGUGUAUUGUAUUCUGCUCACUGAACAGAGUGCAUAAAGUGCUUUCUUCAUAAAUGAAUACUAACUGUAGAAGGUGAAAAAGUCGCCUGGUAUGAAUAUAAACGUUUGUUUACUUUUGGAUUCAAUUACGGCUCUUAACCUUGAAGUUUUUUCGUUUGGAAUGCAUUAAAUUUAGUAUGUAUCCAACUUUAAAAGGGCUCUCUGCUGAAAAAUGAUGAAUAUAUUAUCUUUAAUUUGAUUUUUUUUUCUUCCUUGUAAAAAUAACCUGUUUAUUCAAUGUCUUUUGCAGAUGUGGAUGAGUGCGCAGCAGGAAUAGCAGUGUGUCCCAGGUUCAGGAAAUGCAUCAACACCUUUGGUAGCUACAUCUGCAAGUGCCAUGAAGGCUUCGACCUGCAAUAUAUCAACGGGAAAUACCAAUGCAUAGGUACUGUCAACAGGUCUCUGCAGGGAGGCUUUGAAAGAUAAAACUUCUAAAAGGUCAGAGAAGUGCUUUGACUUAUUACCAAGUUAUUAUUAUUGAUGUAGGUGUUAUUUUUGUGGUAGAUACAUACACACAAGCAGACUUAUUAAGAAUGUACAUAAAUCAAAGGUUUGCCGUUAUAUAAAUCUCUCUUUCAAAGCAACACUCAAGAGCCAACAUGUGCAUAGAAACUUUUUUAUGCUCGCUGUAAUUGUUCCUACUGUCAACUCUGCCCACAUAAUGUACUUUUAGUAUAAAAAGUUAUUCACACAGGGCUGUAUUCACCCUUCUUAACCCUUCAUGUUUGAUCGUGGUUUUAGUCCUCUCUUUGACAUUUCCUCAGGUUCUUCCUUCUUAGUGUUGGCAGCAUUUCCAGCUGAGGGUCAAAGCAGGCUUUAUGUUGGCUCACUGUCCCCAGUGUUUGAGUCCAGUGUUUAACUGGGUGCAUUCAUUCAACUUGAACAGUGCAAACAUACUUAGUAUUUACUUACAUGUUUGGUGUUUUUAUAUCCCAGAUAUUGCUUAAAGGGAUAUUCCGGCAUAAAAUGAAUUUAGGGUCAAACACACCAAAACACCGAGUUAGACACCCCCUCGAGAGAUGAAUGUUGCCAACCGCUUGCUUCUCUAGUUAUACCAACUUUAGUAACGACCGCACGACAGCAGUACACGGCGGUCUGGGGGGCUAUAAAUAAACCUCAACCAAAAUGCCACUCUAUAGCCACAAAUAAUGCUCAGAGCACCACCUAACUUCAUCAACAGUACAUAUAGGGUCCUAGCCAUAGCACUAGCCACUAAACAUGUUUUUAGCUUUGCCUGAUUUCUUUAGAAAAGAGACUAAACACAACUCACCUACUCUCUUCCAACAGCCGCUUGUUUGUUGCGAGACCUCAGGCCAGUCCAUUACGGACUGCUGCGGAGUGACGCAGCUCAAGGAAGAACAUUGAUGAUGUGUGUUUGACCCUAAAUUAAUUUUACGUGGGAAUAUCCCUUUAAGUUACAACCAUAGGCAACAUUAAACUAAACCAAGGUUACUCAUAUAUUCAGCUUACUAUUGAGAACCUUAUUCAAAGCCAAAAGGCACCACUACUCUCUUUAACUUUUGGGAAACCACAAAGAGCGGUUUCAAGCGAGUGAAGAAGAACCUUGGCAGUCAGUCAAAUUUGAAAGUCCUUGUUCACUGUGAAAAAUGUAGAUAACUUUUCCUCUCAAUCAGAAGAUUGGUGAAACGAUCCCAGCGCCUGCAGACAUAUUCCAAAGUGAGCCAGAAUCUGAACCCCAUAUUAAUCCCAGUGACAUGAAAUCAGUGAAUAUGGAUGGUCCCCCACAACAGCAUCUCCUGCCAUUAGUGAGGGUGAAUUUAAUGCCAGUAACACAAGAAAUACACCGAACAAGUAGAAGUCCAGUCCAAUCACAAACUGUCCAGUACUGUUCAAACUUUUAUGGCAAAAAGGCCUCCAACAUCAACGUCCUAACUCAUUUUUAGUCCAGCUAAAUAUGUUUAUUCCUUUUAUGAUGCUUCCACUUUGGUACUUUCAACAUCAGAUAUUCACAUAUUGCACAUCUGCCAGUUACUAUUUAUCUAGCAAUUACCUUGAGUUUCAGGAGCAUCACCAUCUCCAUCUUUGGUUACCCAUGUUCCAUAACUCAUGUUUCAGGGCAGAUAUUGGAGCAGUAAAAGCUUUUGGGGCAUUUUCUGACCUUUCACCUUCUCUUAGGCAGGAUUUUUACCAAGCAACCUCCUUUUAAUGAAUUUGCUCAGGUAGUCAUGAAGGGAUUACUGUUCACUUAAAUGCUUUCUCUAACAGUUCAUUUGAGAUAAACUUUGAGUUGCCUUGAAGUGGAGGUACAAUUAGCCUUUGAUAUUUUGCUGCUAUGUCUGAAGCUUUUUGCAGCCCAUGGCUGAAUGUUGUUAUGUUUCAAUUUUCCCUCAGAUGUGGAUGAGUGCUCCUUAGGUCAGAGCCACUGCAGCAGCUUCGCCGCCUGCUACAACACGCCGGGCUCGUACAAGUGCAAAUGUAAAGAUGGCUACAGGGGGAUGGGCCACGACUGCAAACGUAAGAACUGAGAACAAAAAAAUAAACUGGAGCCCGAUGUGCACUCUAGCUAAGAGGAAUGGGGGCCUCACAUUUUUGUUUUCUUCCUUGUGUUUUUGAAAAAAGCGAGAAAGCAAAAGAGAGGGAGCAGUAGCUGUGAGCGCAGAGGGCCCCGACUUGAAUUCCUUUCUUUGUAAUGGCUGUCAGUCAUUACUUAAAUCACUCUGCUCCCUUAUCAUGUGGGCCAAGAGUGAGCCUUGGGUCCAUUUUUGACAUCUGGCCAUUUUAAUCAGCCAAAAAAGAAGAGCCGUUGUCUAAUUUGAAAUACUUCUCCUCUGGGCAGUUCGUCUUGUUUUGUCUGCUGACACACAGUUCAUUAGUCUGUGUGUGUCUGCAGUUUUUACAGCGGCUCAGUGGACGAAAAGUCAUUUAUUUUCCAUAGUUAUUUAAUCAUCUUGCAGACAAAACUGGUGUACGAGUCUACAGAGCAGAGAAGAUGCCCCUCAGUGAUAUAUGCUUCAACUACUACAACCCACAGCUCGCCCCAGGGAACACUCUUAGAGUCGAGUUGCAAUAUCCUAUCGCUGUGUCACAUAUCAAAGUCGCCUGCAACCUGAGAAGGCAAUAACAGAGUUCAAAACGCUUGGCUUUGUCCACUCCCAUUCCUCUCUCAUGAAACCCUCAUGGAGCUCCCCAGCCUAGCGCCGGCACUCCAACACCAUCACACCAACCCCCCACAUCUCCGUCCCUGCUCCUGACGUGAAGAAUGUGAGGAGGAACAAAGAGGAGGUGUAGCUUUGAUGACAUCAGCAGGGUGAGGGUGAUCUCCAGGGCGCUGCAGCCUGUUUGAACGCGGAGAUCAUUCAGCACACUCGCUCACACGCACACACAAUGAAAGCAGAUUUUUGCCUGAUGCUUCGAGGCCUCUGGCUGCGCACACACAAAGAAUAACUAAUAAGGAUGCGCACGAAGGGAGAAAAGCCACAGUCGAGCAUUAUUGAUUUCACAAAAAGCCAAAAUUCAUGUCUUGUAUCUGAAAAAAACAGCCCUAUUUUCGCUCUUAACACCCCCAUUGAGGAAAAUACGUCCAUAAUGGUCGUAAAAAGUUGAGAUAUGAGUGAAUGUGAAGCUGCAGACUUUAUGGUCUCCCUCGUAAGUUCAAACUUCAUUUAGAUUCGAGGCACCCAAUUUGUUUUAGCAUGCUAACAUUUAGUUAAUAGAUAUCUGAGAUCUCAGUGGAUGAAAGAAAGCCCUCCUCUCUAAAAGUCAGCCUAAUCAUCACAGUUAGUUUGCAAUUCCAUGCCUCAUUAACUUUAAAGUGCACAUAUUUCAGCGCUCCAUCUGCAUCCUCUUAUUUUUCCAGCCAUUCCAAAGGUGGCGAUCGAACCCCCGAGACCGGGCAAACUGCCUCCAAAUCAUCACAACCGCAUCCCCGAUAUAGAUCAGAGGAGGACCACAACCACCCUCCGCCCACCCGUGACUCAGAGGAGAAUCUUCCCUGUCAUUCCCAAAUCGACACCCGCUCCAACAAAGGCAACAACAACGACAACAUCAAAACCAAAGACCAAAGCUCCUCUCCCACCAAAGAAGACACCUUCAUCACCACGUAAGCCCGCUGUUCCCACCAAGAAGCCCUUAAUCCUAACAAGGAAGCCACCGACUCCCACGCGCACCCCACUAAGGCCAGUUCCACCCACCAGACUCCCUCCACCUCCACCACCUGCUACACCAGUGGACAACAGUAUCCAGAAAGAAGUGACCAGACAGAGAGGAGAUGUACACAGUAAGAACUCGCUUUUUCUUCCCUUCUGUCUUAAUUUUAUACAUGAGGCUCUCAUUCUUGCAACCCUUUACUUAUUUUUUAAAAUAAUGAGUUCAAGCUAAAUCCAAGGUGGUGUGAUUUUUUAUUUUGACCUGAAACAGAAUGUGCCCCCUUUAUUAAAUGAAAACACAAAAUAGGGUUGGACGAUAAACCGAAAAUUUACAGAUACUGAAAUUUACGACAAUAACCGUCAUUUUGCCCAUGUCAGUAUAUUCGGUGUAAAAAAAAUGAAUAGAUAAAGGUUGGUUUUGGAUGUGUGUAGGUAGGCUAUGGUCUCAUGUCCCUUUGAGACGCUGUCCUACAUCGGAGACGUAACUCCACCCCAUCCAGUCUGUAACAGAGAAGGAAAGACAGGUGAGGAGAUGGAGGACGGUUCAGAAGUUAUAGCGGCUGAAGUCGACAAAGUUAAUGUAAGAGGGGGUGAGCAGCUUGAGGAGUAGUUAUUGUCCAUUUAUCGAUAUUGAGAUGAACUGCUCAGUAUAUCGUGAUAUUGAUUUGAGGCCGUAUCGCCCAGCCCUAACACAAAAUUAAAAACUCUCUCUAAAUAUUUACAUGUAACCAGAUAUUUAAACUUGCAUUAAUUUCUGCUUUAUAUUGAACUUGUGUUCUUGUCUCUUUGAUUCUCCCUUUAAAUCCCAUCUAAUGCCACAUCCAAGCAUGAUGGCUUUUGUAAACCUUUAGGCUUUCCUUUCAUGUACUUCCAUGUCUUUGAAAUUAGGAACAUUUUAUGGUCAUGAAACCAGAGUUCUGCCCACAUCAAUGUCCAAUGACAACCGUGUAUUUAGUCAAGUUAAGGGAUAUCUUUGAAGUCCUGCUGCUCUUAAUUUCAGCAGAUUUUCAUCUAUUUCACUCCUUAUUCUGUUGUUUUUCCUUUCUGAGGGCAGCUUUGUUGCAGGAUGGUUUACCUCUCAAUCUGACAGAGGGAGUCAGUUCCUGAAGGAAAGCGACAUCAGCUCAUAGGCCUAUCUUCCAUAUCCUGUAACACUAAAAAAAACACCUGUGCUUUUAUUUUUGAAUGAAGGAGCUUUAUCAACCGCGCUCGGGUCAGUCAGGUUUGAAAUAGCUGAACCACACACUGUUAACAAAUCACUGCCGACAGCAAACAUGAGUAACACAAACAAACUGCUCCCAGGUUGCACAAGUACGUUUGUACCCUUUGUUUAUUUUUUGUCCAAGACUUUGACAUCAGAGGACUUUUUUUUCUCUCUCACAGUAUCAUCUUCAUCAGUUUUCUGACAUAUCUCCCCAAUCCAAAUUCAAGUAAAUUUGCAUACUUCUUGAUUUGAAUCCUGAGACUUUGUGUUUGUUGUGAAACAUUUCAUACCGAGGGAAAUCAGAACGGCUGCUUACCUGACAGAUGAUGUGUGUUAUCAUUUUCAUUUUGUAUUCAAACACACGGGUAUGUGGGUGUAAACUAUCUGAGCAGUUGGCAGUCAGUUCCCAUGUGUACACAGUUUAUCUGCCAGCUUAACACAUGACAGAUUUAAUACCGAACAUUUGGCAAGAAAUAGGAGAAUAUUUCGGAUGUUUGUGGGUGAAAGUGGAUGGAAAUGAAUGUAUAGUAUUUAAAAGACGGACCACAGGUAGUUUACUAAUCAUAAUACAGCCCCCGCAUUUCUAAAAAGUAGAUUUUAAAUAUGUAAAUUGAGCUUCAUCCACCCUCAUAUUACUUUAUUAUUGCCAGAUUGAAAAGACAUUAUUCUCUCCUAUUUAAAAAAAAACUCUUACUAACAGCUCUAGGAGGCUAAAUGUCAAAGUUAGAAGAUUUUCAUCGAGAGUUAGUUAUUUUUUGGCUUUCAUUUUACAAACACUUGUGCGUCCCCUUCUUGACUGUUGUUUAUCCACAUGCUACACUGUUCUUUCAGCCAAGCAUCUAUCCUUGACACCGUUUACUUUCAGAAAGCAUCUGCAGUCUCUGUUUGAGUCUGACGUUCUUGAUAGAAAAAAAACUAAUAAUAGGAUUCUAUUCAAAAUACCGUGGUAACAAGACAUGGGUGAGAUUGUUUCUCUUUGCUCCAACAAAGACAGUAAUCGCUGCAAUCAUCUGCUGCUUUCUCCUCACAGUGUCGUAUUCAUGCACCGCUCCAUGACACUGAAUAGUUUCUUAAUGAGAUAAUCCCUGUGACAUGUGACUCUGUAAACCCGAAACAUUCAGUUUGGGGCCAAACUCACUUCAUUUAAUGGAUGUUUUGUCUGCAGCUUAACAAUUUUUGUUCUGGCAUGUAAUGGAUAAGGCCGGCAGAAAUCUAUUCUUUAGUCUUUUGUUAAAUCCUCUGAAAAGACCAAAACCAACAAUGAACUGUUCGUAAACCAAGUAUUGUCUGUACACCCAUAUCCCCAUAUCACUGAUCUCUCUGUGCAGUAAACUUUCAUGAAUGUCCAGAAACUGUUAUUAAUCCAACAAUGACUCUCCCUCUUUGACUGUCUCCCUAAAAGUUGCCUUCAUACAUCGUAUUUAAGUAAAUGCAGAUGUGCCACGGUAAAAGAAAGAAAGAAAAAAAAAAACAAUAUACAUGGUUGCGCACCAUUAUUUGAAAUUCAGGUUGAACUCUAUCUGAAAAAUGCAGCUGAGAAUUUUACCCAAAUUCCAGUUUGCUUUGUUCUGUGUUUUGGUAACAGCUAAAAUUUAGAGACUGAAAAUAGCUGAGAUAAAUUCUCUAGAUAUCUCCGCCUGAGUGACCUGCCAAAAAUGUUUUAGGAUAUUGAUGAUACCAUUUUUUAAAAUUGCCACUUUGGCAGUAAAAAAAAAACAACAACUUUAAGACCCGGGAAGCGAUCAGGGACAGAGUGAUGGCAUUUAUUUCGAACCAUCCAAAACUAGAUUGAGUUAAGGAUUUAGGGUGCUGCUGUCACAAAGAGAGAGAAAAACAGAGGAGAGUGUGCUCCUUCUGCUUAAGUUAUAAUAGGAAUAGACUCAUAGACAAGAUUCAGUGGGCAGUGUCAGCCCCGACACCAUGUAAAGAGUUUAUGUAUCAGCCACAAUGAAUGCUGGUCCACUCUGCCUUUUUAAUGAGAAACUGAUGGGAGAGCUGGUAAACAAACUAGGCUACAGUUUUUCGCAGAUUGUGUCAAGUCUGCUCUGAUUUAACUCCUGAAUAAUAAGGAAGCAUUUGCAGAGAACUGUAGCCUCGCUGUAUGCUAGUUCUCCAGCAGUUUCUUUUAAAAGGGGUAAAGCUGACCAGCCUCUAUUAUGACUCAGUGACAUGUAACUCAUACAACCCCACUUCAACGACACUUUACCUCUUUGGGGCUAAAUCCUUUGUAUGACAAAGAAAGUAGAAAGCUGGUUGAAUAGAAACACAUGUACAGAUAUGUCAGUAGCCAUGAAAUAAAAGCAGGUAUUUGGGUCUUGUUGUGGUUUCAGUUGGGGUUUGGCCACCACACAGCAGCCUAACAAGUGCCAGUUUUAUCAGCAGGUAAAAGGCAUUCAAUCAAGUUGUAUUCAGCGUUUUCAUUUGAGCCAAAGGGCAAUGAACUAGUGUCUGUGCUACAAUGUCCUAUAAUUUGCAUAACAAGUACAUAGCAUAGUGAGCGCCUAAGAACGAAGCUUUCGCCCAAUAGCAGUUAUUAAAUAAAGUAAUAUUAUAUACAUAACCUCAAAUAUUACCUUUUUUUUCAAGCACAACCAACUUCAAAUAGAGUGAUUGGACUGCAAACUAGUCUAUCACGUCAAUCACUCGACCUACAGUAAACCAAAUUUCUUAUCUUAUCACUCCAUUAUUUCACUUGCUAAGUCACCAUAUACAUAUCUAGCAGAAGGUACAAUUUAAUGCACCGUUUGGUCCAGAUGCACCAACAGUUUUAUGUCGCCCAAACUUUAACCGAGACAGGAGUGUUUUUCUGCUCAUAUUUUCUUGCAAUGCUCACUUGUAGGCACAGCAAAAAUGAGUGUUUACCAUAACUUACAUUAAGCUCCUUUGACAGAGAAAUGUCUGUUGAGAUUCUCCAGAAAAGUAGAGGAAAAUACUCACCUUGCCAGAUGGCACCACAUAAUUAGAAAAGGGAAAGAAGGAAGAGAGGAUUACAUUAACACCUGUCUGCACUGCUUGAGGGAGACAUCAAUCUAAUAGUUCACACCGUGGCAGAGUCGUUUCACAAAUCACAGCUUCCAGAAAAGGGUUUGAAUAAGAUGAGAGUGGGAGGUAGCAAAGAUACUGCUGAGUGAUUAUUCAAAUAAUUAGACAGAAAUAGAAAUCAUUUGAAUAAACGUCUUGUGGGAUGAAGAACAACUCAACUGUGCUUCAGGUGCAGGUGUGUGCUUCAGUUUGAGCAAGUGGUUCUAGCCUGGACUCCUGAAGAAACUGCAUCCAGGUAUAAUACUGAAUGUAGAUGUUUUUCUGUAUUCCCACUGCAGGAAUACUCUAAGGAAGAGUAAAAUAUGUGAGACUAUUUCCACCCAGGAAUUAGUGAAGAAGACUGAUAGCAUUCUGGAUAUAUAUCUGUAUCUUUAACGAAUAUUCCCCCACCUCAUCACAACGCAAAAUAGCAGUUUGUCAGUGCUCCCAGGAAACUAUAUUUUCAGCACAAAAUCUCUAAGAUGUCUCACUGAAUGGAACAUAAACAACAUUCACCUGAAAAGUCCAAAUUAAGAUCUCAUUUCAAAAUAUUGCAAGCCAAAAAUAAGAACUGAAUCACUGUAAUGAGUUUAAAAAAAGUCUGCCUGAACUAAAGAAAAAUUUAACUAAUGUUCAUAAUGACUUAUUUUAGGCUUUUUAAACACUAUGCCAAGUUUUUGACUGGUGGAGAAACAGACUGAAACUGAUACUGAAGCCUCUUUGUGACCUUCAAAAGACACAGAGACUAUCAGCAAGAAGGCUGAGGAUUUGACUGUAGUAAUAUUUAAUGCUUAAAACUACAGUGAGAGGGUAGGUGUCAAACAUGAUGAUUGACAGCAAGCUAAAAAACUGCAUGUUUUGACUCUUCCCGUGGCAAAUACUUACAGUGAGUGAUUUAUUUCACUGUGUGAAGACAUGAGGGUGAGGGUUUGCUUUAAAAACAUCACUUUUACAUAUCCAAGACAAGAGACAGGAGUCAUCAUUUUGUCUGCAGGCGGCGUUGAUAUCAUUUCAAACCAAAAGUGUCUCCCAGCUACUUUAAUAUCCUGAAACAAGAUGAUUAUCUGGCUCUCUCUGGUGAAUGUGACUCAUGAGUGAUAGAAAUAAGACAAAAACACUGUCUGUGUUCUGAGUUUGUGCAGAGUAGGACCAAGAUUGUUGGAUUUCUUUCUACAAGCUAAGCGGUGCCAUUUAGGUACCAAUCAGGUCAGUAGAUUCUGCAACUUGGGAGACAAUUGCUCCCCCAUGUUAUGCUAUGACAGUUACCUCCAGGCUGUACCUGUAGAUGUAAGGCACAAACAUAAGAACAGCAAUGAAAUCCUCCUGUAACUCUCAGUAAGACAUGUGAGGCUAUAAAAAUUCUUUCCGCAUCUUUUCUUUGUGUCUGACGUUCAUGAAGCUGAAAACAAAGCUGUUUAUUCCAUAGAAAUUUUAGUCACGUUUUUUACUGACAAAAGUAACAUACUUUAUAUUUCAUCAUUUACCAGAAAACUAACAAAGACAAGUUGGUCUCACUACCUCUGAAAAAUGAAAUGAUGAAAUAUUCAGUGGGCUAUGUGUCUAGAAAUACAGGUUAUUGCUCAAUAUUCUGGCAGCACAUAAAAAUCCCCCUGGAGCAGCUUUUAUUUACCUUCCAAAUAUUUGGAUCAAUCAAGCACAGGCUCAAAAGGUAAAACAAGGGUGAGAGUUUUCUAUGAAGUGUUUGCUCAUAUAUAGCCCUGUUUUUACAGGGGGGUUUCUACAAAGAUAGAGCUUUUUGGUUGUAUGUGCCAAGGUUUUAAAAAUGUCCCAGACGUCAAUCUAAUCUCCCCAGGAAUCAGGGUAACAGAUCUGAAAAGAUUUGUGGCUAGAGAGACUCACUCACUCAGGAUAAUCCUUUGGUCUAGCUCUUAAAAACUUAUAUUUGAACUGAUUUCUGUAUCAUCAGAGUCUCAUGGAAACGCAUCUCUUUACAGAUUCUGUGUAAAUAUGUUUUGGAUUAUGUGUAUUUAUGGUCCAAGAAGGGAAAAAUUUGCUUGGCAUUGUAGAGCAAAAGCAAAUCAGCAUCUGGACCACUUGACUGGACUGCAUCUGAAAUAAUCCAUCCAGCCCUCAGACAAGCAUUUUUUAAAUCGUUGUUUUCUCUUGAGGACGGACCAGACAUAGCCCGUAUUCUUAAUUUAUUGUAAUCAGCAUUAUUAUGUUAUCCUAGCAAAAUUAAGAGCAAUGUUAGGUGAAGAAAUCUGUUUCUUUUAGUUAGGUUAUUGUGCGGUCAUUACUGAAGUCGGUAUAACUAGAGAAGUAAGAGGUCAGCAACAUUCAUCUCUCGGGGGGGUGUCUAACUUGGAGUUAUGGUGUGUUUGAUUCUAAUUUAAUUUAUCCCUUUAAUGGUGAAACUGAGACUCACCAGAAACAGAUGAGCUGGUGCCCCUUCGAAAAAUGUCUCUUAAGAUCUAUAAACUGAAAGAACGGAUGAAGGAUUAUCACUGAACUGUUUUUAAUAAUGUCACUGCAUGGUGUUAAAAUGUCGGAAGAACAAUAACUGCUCAGUUUGUUUUAGUUUAUUGGGUUGCUGGACAAUAAUCCCACUCUGUAAUGUGAGAAAGGUUAAACAGCAUAUCUGUUGAAUCAGUUCGUCGUUGAAAGGGUAACUGGACUUGUUUGAGGUUCUUGAAGAUGUUCUCUUUGGAGAGAACUGGACUUGUUUGGCCUCUCUUCCAAAAAGCUUCUCCAGUUCCAAAGUGAGUGGGGCCAGAGUUGAAAAUUUAUAGCUUUUGUUUUUCCAACUUUGGCCCCAGUCACUUUAGAACUGAAGAAGCCUUUUGGAAGAGAGGCCAAACAAGUCCAGUUACUCUUUCUACGAGAUUACCCUGACCUGGAUGAAUGAAAACCUACGCAGACAUACAUGUUGAAUUUCAACUUAUUUAACUGACACGUCAUCACUGUAGAAGUAGUCUACAUGGGACACAAGACUUCAGAGAGGGCCUCAUUCCUAAAAAGUGCAAACACAGACACAAACAUACAGACCUGGAUGCCUGGGAUUGCUGGAGAGCCUUGUACGAGUGUGACCUCCUCACUUUCAGAUUCCUUCGCCCGUCAGACUGCGUCUCAGUCUGCCAGGUGGCUCUGACCCAGUGUGGGGUUCAACCCUCCAAGUUCUCAGAGGACCUGAGGGGGAUGAUGUCUGGUAUUCUUGGGCCUGAUGGUUCAAGCGCAGGUUACAUCACAAUUAUAGCACAAGAGCAAGAAUCUGGCGGUGACUACAGGAAAUAGUUUUCUUCAUAGUUUGUCUGAUCAAAUUGCACUGGCCUGUCCAAAUAAGGAGUGCAGUAAUACAUAAAAAUGUUGACCUUUUCAGGGAAAAUGUACUCAUAAGGGCACUUUAAAACCAGUAGAGACAUGUUUUAUUCUCGCAGAGCAAAGGAGCAAAGGGUCAACGCAUCCUCCACUACAAAAGGUCCAUCACUGUAAAAGUUAAAGAAACAACUUUCUAUGCUUCACUUGUCUGUUGACCUUUAAUAAGACAGCUUGGCUUUUGGUAUUUCGGGCAGCGUGACCCCGCUGGAGAAGGAAAGAGACUAUUUCAGGAGCAGCUACUGUAUGUGUGUAUGAGCUGGAGCUCUUGGCGGCAACAUUUUCAUCUGCAUUGCAUCAGAUGAACCAACGCCCUCUUCCCCGUUUAGAUUCUCAUUUGAUUCCUUUGGCGACUUCAGAACGACACAAUUAGACAAAAGCUUAGAUUUCUGAUGACGUCUAUCUUGUACAAAGCAGUUUGGUUCUUGACUCUUAUGGAAUAACAACCGAGCAAAAACUGAAUGAUUUAAAAGGCUCUUCAGAGAAAAAUGUAAUGGCAGGUCAUACACUUCAGAAAUGAAGUAAGGAGUUAAACAACAAUAAGCAGUCUUCACUGAACGACAGGUCAAAAACAAGAAGAAGAAAGACACAAAGAAAGGGUGUUUGAAAGAACGAGGAACAGCUUCAAUUACAGAAAUUUGCUCAGGUGAUAUUUGCUCUGUUUUGGGCAAGAAAUCGAUGGGGGGAAGCAAAGUGAGUGGGGUCAAGAGCUGUGUUACUACUGGAUUGUUACCAUGGCAAUACUGGUCUUGGGCCUGAGCUAGCCUCGGGGUGAAGUGUCUGUUUUUUUCAUGCUUUGUAUCACUCAGUAUUUUUUUUUUUAGAUUUAUAAAAGAUAAAUUCUGGCUUUUAACUACAGACAGGUCUAAAGUAUUUUUUAAACAUCGCUCUGUUGUCUCCACAGGUUUCCUCAAGUAUUCUGCUCCUUCCUUUUAUGAAACCAGUGUAUUGUCUCUGGAUACAAAAGCACUAAACCAUGGCAUUGAUUCCACCUUGUUACACUUCUCCAGUAGAUGAAUUAAACAAAGCCACACAACAGCCACAGGCAGGGGUCCCGUUGAGCAAAUAUAACACCAUUGUUAAUCCUUUAUCUAAACCCCGCAUCUCUGUCUUCCUCUCUCUCCUCACAGUCCCCAGGAACCACGGGCAAAACGGCAUCCUCGGCAUUGACUUUGACAUUGAGCUUGGCAACACAGCGGAUGAAGCCAAGGACGACCCAGGUAAACACGACACAUUUGACAGAGACAAUCAGCAGCAGCACGGCUUGUUUGGCAUACUGCGGGGCUUAAACGAUGACAGACGAGCCACAUUUGCAGCGAGCAAAAUGAAAGUGACAAUCAGCUCCUGCUGUGGCGGAGAUAUUUUAGUGACCAGAUGUGUUUUGAUGGGCAUUUCACCAGGAGGUGACGCAUGACAUCUGGCCAAACCUUUGUAAAUAAUGGCUCCUAGCCCAGAAAUAAAAGCCAGACUUUCCCACUUUUCACAUUAGGCUGUUUUGAUUGCUUGAAUGAUGAAUUGGUAUUUUUGGGAACAUCAACUCUCUUCUCCUGGCGCCCUGCAAAACUCAUGAUGAGUUCCAGUGAAAGAUUUCUUCUGUGAAGAGACAGCAUUUUAUCUCUCAAAUUUACUCAUUUUGAUUUAUUGAUGUCAGUGGUAUGCAGAUUAAAUUGCCUAAUGAUUUGGUUACGUGUUUAUUUUGGUUCACAUCAUUUGCUCUGCGCUGUCAGGAGAGAGGGAGCAUUUUCAUUGGCUCAGAAAAUGAACUGAGAAGUGUUUUCAGGAAAUACUGUUUCAGGGACAAAGUGAUGGAUGUUAUUCUUAUCUCUGAACCAAUUUGUACAGCGAUGCAUGGAUGAUACUACAACUAGUUUGCCUGCAUUCCCUUAAUGUUAUUGUCUCGGCAUCAAUGCUUGGAUGAAAAUCACAAGUUAUUGGAUAUUAAGAGUCUCUGUUUUAUCCGUAGUGCAUUUCAUUAUAGUGCAGAGUAUGAUUCAGUGGUCUAUAUGUCUAGAGGUAAAUACACACAGGUAGCACCCAUCUUCCUGCAAACAUAUGAUUUUUUGCAUGAAUGCCUUUCCACUCAGGAUUCAUGCAGCUCCUCUCCACCUUGAUUUUCCCUCAGUGCGACAGCUCUCCUCAGAGAUUAGUACAAAUGUUUACUCUUUUACUGUUUCAUCAAAAGGUGCUUCAGCAGUCCUUUUGCUCCCAGUCAUGUAUCAAGACACGCAGCGGGGCUCCUGUGAAGCAUUACACAGAAAAGACUCACGUUUUUUUUUUUUUUUUAAUGUGUGUGUGUUCUCUGAAAAUCUUGUUCUUUUCCCUGAAGAGUCUGGCUUCCUGAGCUGCUCCUUUGAUGACGGUCUCUGCGGUUGGAUCAGGGACAAAGAUGGAGACCUGCACUGGGAGACGACGCCUGAUCCGUCAGGUAAUUGAGGGCAGGGGUCAACGGUUCUCAAUCAGGAAAAACUGUUGAUUUUAUUGUCAGUAAUUGGAAAUGAGAAGAGCUGCAUUCCUCUGUUGACAUGCACACACAUGCGCAGACAAUCAAAGCGGUUAAAUUUUCUUCUAUUCAAUUACAGGUCAGGUCAAAAUGACUCGAGGGAAGUAGUUUGUCUUUUGUGCAGAUUAGUGCCUCGCCCUACAAAGCGCUGCAAAUGAGUAGCGGAUUAAGCAGCCUGUCAGUGAUACCUGUGGCUUGCAUUAAAAGGGAACACAACACUGUUUUUUCUUGGGGUUCACACAAGGAGGAAAUGUGAUGUAUAAUGUAGAGAGGGCUCAGUUAACAGAGUGUGAAGACUAAACAGUGCUCGACUGGCUCUGUUUAAGCAACACUAACUACAUCUGGCUCCUCCUGCCAACUGGCGUAGUGGAGCUGUGGCUAGUGUGUUUCCAGACAUUUAGCUUCACUUCAGCCAAGAUCCUGCUCACUCAUUAGAGGAAGCACAUUUUCGCACAGACUUUUCAAAUCCCCCAGAAAUCACAGAAAAUGAGGAGUGAAGCCUUGAUAAAGAUACACGUUUGCUUUCACUUUUUAGUGGCCUGCAGCUUAUCACAACUCUUGAGUUUUAAUGUAGGUGUCUAUGUAACUUUUAAUACCCCAUGUGUACACAAAAAGCACGUCACUACUUACUGUUUGUUACUGUGAGGUGUUUUGGACAGACUGCCUUGUUUUGGCACAGCUUUGGAGGCGUUUUAUAACUUAUGCAGAGAUCUUCUGCAGCCUGCGGAUUUUUGGUGUAACACCCCUGUGGUGAACCGCAGCCAUAUACAGGUCUGCUGGGUAAGCAAAAUGCAUCAGCAUUAAUCAACCAUUACCCAGGGGUACUUUCACCGUUAAAAUUUUAAAACUAUAGCCGUAAUAUCACUAAUUUAUGCAUGAAUUAAUUUAAGAAAAAUCAAUUCGCUUCUGGCAACAGACUGUAUUUUUAAUGGCAAAAAUUCCUAAGUGGGUCAAGGUUUUUUUUUUAUUAUAGUGGUUAUUUUCUGUUUUUUGAAAAUACAUUUAUUGAUUAAUUUUUAUUCGCUCACUUGGUUUUUGGUUGUGCUGGCACCCAGAUACAAUAAAGUGAAGAGUGGGAUAUUGCUUCGCAAAAGAUUAAAAGCAUUAUAUUUGCAAGCAACCUCUUCUUUCAGGAGCCAAGUCCCACUCCCACAGACGUUGCUGUUGACAGUUUGCAUAAGUGCGACUCCUGAGGUAGAAAGUGUCAAUAGUUAGGUCUGUCAAUCAUCUGAAAUAAACCAGGGAUUAAAGCUGCUGUUUUGUUUUUCAGAUGUUAUUUUCCAAAAGCCACAUGCAUCAAAAUAGAAAUACAUCUGCCAACCUCUACCUAGGUACCUGUGAAAAUACUCUAAAAAUGACAUGUCCCAAUACAUAAGCAUAUAACUACCAGGGUUAUAUGCACACCUUGAUAUAUAACUGUAUAGUGAGUCUAUCUGUUUGGGCAAACUGAUCGAGUUUAAACAAUUUAGAAUAGUCCCCUUUUCCAUUUCUUCUCAGUCCUCAAACUAUAUCAAGAAUUACAAUUGUGUAAAGUCUGGUUAGUGCAAAAAGAAAUGCCAAGUGACAUUAACCUGUACUACUAUUUUGGUAACGCUUUAUAAUGAGGGUACAUGAAUAAUCAUGAGUUAGAAAACAAUAAAAUCAUGUCUGAAUUAUCAGAUGAACUAUCAGUAUUUCACAUGAAUUUACAGUAUCUCAUGCCUUACUUCAUGUUGACACAUUACAUUAACUAAUGCAUUAACCAAGAUGUGUGAUUUAUCACGACUCAUUUAUUAUUAAUGAUGUUUAUGGACUCCUGCAUUAUUCAUUUAAUGUUCAUGAGGGCUUUAGGGCUCUGCUUUAUUGGAUGGAUUAGUCAUGAUUACAAUACCUGAAAUUCAACAAAGUGGUCAGUUUUUUUUGUCCAGUCUUGUAACCUCUUAAACAUUCCUGUAUAUUUUUCCAUUCACUCAAUUAAUACAGUGAGAUAUAACAGAACAACCAACAAGCAUGCACUAUAAAAUGUUUUCAAGGUGGCAGGAUAUGCUGCAAGCUAAAUGUUUUUUUUAGCGCACAUUUUUCUAUAAAGAGUGAAGUGUCUACAAUAAAGAAAUUCAGUUCAUGUACUGAACUCGCUGAUAUUGAUAGUUGCUGGUUCCUUCCACAGGUGGACGUUACCUCACCAUCCCUGAAGUGGGCAACAAGAGGACUGGGCGAGGGGCUCGGCUAGUCCUCCCACUCACCCCACCCUGGAACGACGGCAAUCUGUGUCUAUCGUUCCGCCACAAGCUGGCAGGCCAUCACAUGGGCAUGCUGCAAGUGUUUGUCAAGAAGGGGAAGCAGUACAGUCCUGCAGUGUGGGGCCGGACGGGUGGAAACGGCUGGAGGCAUACGCAGAUCACAUUAUGGGGCACGGGGCUUGAAAGUGUAAGUACAAAAGAGGAUAUGUCGUGGAAAUUGGUAUUUCUACAGGCCCUUUGGGCUAGGUCUAAAAUUUUAGCCCUUUGUUUUUGUUUAACAUUCUGCCUGUACCUUAGGAUGGUUUGUCCUAAAUGUGAUUAACUUUAAUAAGAUAAUGAACAUUUUACUGAGCAUUUCACUGUGAGAAAUCUCAACACUAGACUGUACGAUCUGAAGUAAGAGCUCAAAUAUGUGCUGUUAUCUGCUAAAAGCUUACACCCACCCUACACCUACAGUUUGCUCAGUAAAUCCUCAGUCUGAACUCAUGUUGAAUGACUUUCCGUGACAAGAUUCAAAAUGACCCUCUGGACUAUAAAGAUGCAUGAAGUGGAUUGUGAAAAGUAUUACUUCAUUUUCCCUACAGAUCAAAAAUAUUCAUGAAAAAUAAUAACAUGUCAACAUAAAAUCGAUUUUAAAAAGUACAAAUGGAAUGGUAGUGUAUUUCAUUUUUCCUGGCAUUUACUUAAAAUAAAAUGGAAGUAUAGUUGCUCUUUAUAAUUUCCUUGAAGGAACUUUCACAAAGAAUAAAUAAAGUUUUAUCUAAUCUAAUCAAAAAUAAUCAAAUCUAAUUUGAGGUCCUUCUGUGGGACCUGCUAUCCCUCUCUCAUUCACUGAAUCAGCUCACUUGCUCCUGAAGAUUUGUAACUCUGAUUUAAAAAGUGGAGAAGGGAAUUGUUUUUAUCACUGUUUAUAAGAAGUAAAUCAGUUGCAGCCAUCAUUUCAAAGAGUCUAUUUAAGAUUGUUAACUCCAAGUUGAGUAACUUUUUAUCACAGAGUAGUUGAUUGUUAUGUAUGUGUUGCUGUUGUUCUCCAGGUCAUCCUGAAGGGGGAGCGUGGGCGGGGCAGGAUCGGGGAGAUGGCGGUGGAUGACAUCACUCUGAGGAAAGGCUCCUGCACAGAGGAGCACAAUCUGAGGAGACUCUGA